AUGGCCGCCGCACAGCCGAUGCUCUCGUUGCUGCUCCUGUUGUCGGUCGUGACGUCGGGGAAGGCGAAGCCCCGGGAUGCAAACAGCACUCUGGAAGCAGAGGAAGCGCCCACGAACGAGACGAGCCCCAGUGAGGCGCCCAUCAGUGAGGCGGCCGAAGUCGAGAGGAAAGAGAGACUCGAACCCAGAGCUGGUGAGGGAGGGAGAGGCUGAGGGUGCCCUAAAGGCAAUAUGUGAAUAACCCUCCGCCCCGCCCACCCCGUUUAGGCGAUGCUUUACCGAGACCGUUUCUCAGUUCACAGCCUCUCCUUACCACCUUCAGUUCUAACUCUUUCUCUGUCCCCCACAGGUGCUUCUUCGUCCAUCUGCCCCUGUGAUCUGCACCCAGGCUUCUGCGACCUCAACUGCUGCUGUGAUUCAAGCUGUGGCUCAGAUUGUAGCACGGGGGGCCCUGAAUGUCCCUUCUCUUUUUGUCUUCCAGGCAGCACCAGGUGAAAUGCAUGGGCACAAUUUUCUCUCCACAGUGUGUUAAGACAUAGGGGUGGCCUGGGAUCUGAAUGAGUCUGCUAGCUUCAAUAAGCCAGGAUGCUUGGUGGUGGCAGUGGUCAGAUCCAUGAGUACCAUUUGGGUGGAUAGGAGGUUUGCACACCUAUGCUGGAGAAUUCCGACAGGAGCAGUAAACACAUUAGUGAAAUGGUAAGAAUGUAAGUUUUAGUAUGUUCUGCCCUCUAAGUGUCGUCUAAGAAAACUUGUUUGUAGACAACUUGCAAGCAGAGUUACAGGGAAAGGUUAAGUGAGAGUACCCCUUUAUCUUGUGUCCUAUAAAGAUGUGGGAAGGGGAAAGGCAUCUUUUUCUGAGCUACUAAUAUUGCUGCCUUUGCUUUUUUUUUACAAAUGUUGAGGGCAGGCUAGUAGUUUAGAAGCAAAGCACAUGUGUUGCAUGUUUCAAAUUGAAGCCAUGGUAUCUCUGGGUAACAAAAUCUCAGGUAGCUGGGCUAGGAAAGACCUCUGCAUGAGUGUUGAAGUUCCAUCACUAUUCAAGAUAGGUAUUAUUUGUCAAUGAUGGUAGCACCCAGCUCACUUGGUCAACAGAGUACAGGAUUGCUUAUAGUUGCCUAUAAGCAGGGAUACUGCCAGCCAAAUUCCAAGUCUCAUGCCUGACAGCUUCAGCCAGUCACCCUGCUUGACCUCCCAAGCAGUGGCGGAGCUUCAUGCUCCGGCACCAGGGGGCGGAGAGCAGGCAGGGGCGGGGCUGGCGCACAUCCCAGGGAUGGGGUGUGCUGCCCGUAGGGGUGUGGCACAUGUUCUGGGGGCAUGACACCCAGCGCGGGGGGCAGCCACAAUGGCACCCCACUGGGAUUGUUCUGCUGGGGGCACUCCCCCCGCACUCCUCUUCCGACCCGCCAGUGCUCCCAUGCAUUUCAAACCAGUAGCAUAGAUCAAAUGAUCGGGGGGGGGGGGGGCGCAAACUGUGAGUGUGUCCAGAAACUAGUAUUGCUUAAAAACCUAAUUAGGCCAUUCAUUUUAAAGGAAUUAUUUUUAAAAAAGAAAGGGGGAGAGAGAGCAAGUAUGCACAAUCACAACAAAAAUAAAAUACUAAAGCAAAAUAAUCGUCGUAACUAAUCCUAUACUAGGCAAACUUAACAUGGUAAAAUUUACCCUCAUUGUGACUUCUGAUGUUGAUAGCCUCUCAAGUGGGUUACAGGAUGGAUGACAAACUAAUGCAGGGACCAUAUCAAUAUGCACAGUGUCUUAUAUUCGGGUGGUUUUGAGUGACAGAUUGCUAGGUCACCCAAUCACGGAAUAGGCAAGUGCUUCAGAAAAUAUAUUAUUGAGUUGUGUUUGCUUAAAUAACACUCCUGCGGUGUGCUUUUGUUUUCUUAUUAGGGCUGUGAGUCAGGUGUGCUUGGAAAAAUCCACAAUUUUCCAAAAUAACACCCCUUACCAUACUGAUGUCCUUCCUGGUCCUGGUGGAUGUGUAUUGCUGUUCUGUGUGGAGCUAAAUGAUCGUAAGUUUAGAUCAGUAUCUAGGUUGCUAUUCUGUUUGGUCAAGGUUCUUCUCUGAAGCUGAUUUUAAAAAUAGAAGUGCAGGUUAUACUAACUUAUUUGCAUUUAUACAGGGCAGAUAAUGAACUGUUCAUUUAUAUAUAUGUUUUCCUUUUAGAGCAAGGAUAGAGGUUUGCUUCAUAGAAGCUGGUGACAUCCUGUUGCCAACUCUACCCACUUUGUUUCUGAACUGUCUACAAUUCCCUUACUAAUAUUGAAGUUGCAAUUAUGUACACUCUUUGAUGUUCCACAGAGUGUGACACAAGGUGCUGUCUUCGUUUAUCUACUCCCCAAGGGCCUUCUGCAUGAUUUUUUCAUUAUUCUGAGGAGCAGAGCUCCCCAGUGUUUAUGCAUCGUAUACCCAGUGCAAUGCGUAAAAGGGAGCAUCCUGUAGUAGCAGAGCAAGAAAAUAUUGUACUAGGAUAAUAAAACCUCUAAUCCUGACAUCUGUUGAGAUUGCAGUCAUUCAGUAUUUUUGUGCCCUCUAACAGAGAGUGGAGAGAAAAAAAACUUUAACAAGCACCAAGUCCUAUAGCUUGCCUUGAAAAAUUCUUCCCUCUAGAAGGAGUUCAGAAUUGCAAAGGGGAAUGAAAUUUCAUUUUAACACUGUGAUGUUUCAGUUGCACGUAUCCCCUUCCUCCCCCCCAUUCUACAUAUAGCAAAGCUGAACUAUUUACAGCAGCCACAGGUGGUUACAAAAGUCAACUUUCCAGCACUUUCAGCGCAAUAUGGAGGGUCUUCUUUCAACUUGCCUGAUCAAGUUCUGUCAUCACCAUCUGCCUUUUACCGGGUGAGUUAGCCUCUAGUUAUCAAGGAUUUUCUCUUGAGGUUUUCGUGGUGAGAAGGCUGCUUCUAAUAAAUCUAGACAGAAUAUCUAGACAGAAGAGGUCAGGGUUAAGUUUUCCUUUUCAAUCUCCAUACUUCCUCUAUGGAUGCAGCCUUCCUAGUAACUUACAAUAAGGUUCCAGGCUCAAUUCUCAGCAUAUCUGGUUAGGGCUGGGAGAGGCUCCUUCCUGAAACUGUCUACGUAGACAAUACUGAACUAGCUGGACCAGUUGUCUCAUUCAGUAUAAGGUAGCUUCCUGUGUUCCUAAGUUUACAGUGGUAUCUUGGGUUAUGAACUUAAUUUGUUCCAGAGGUCCGUUCUUAACCUGAAACUGUUCUUAACCUGAGGUACCACUUUAACUAAUGGGGCCUCCCACUGCCGCUGCACAAUUUCUGUUCUCAUCCUGGGGCAAAGUUCACAACUACUUCCAGGUUAGUGGAGUUUGGAACCCAAAGCGUUUGUAACCCAAGGUACCACUGUAUUUAAAUACUCAUCCUCAUGCAGUAGAAUAGAUGAUUAUGGGCCUCUCUUGCGUGUGCUUUGCUUUGAGUGAUUCCUUUUCAGCUCUGGGUGGUAUUAUUUCAGGUAGUUUUUAAUGUUUCGUUUUGUUAUUAUAUGUGUUGUAAGUGGCACAGAGUGGCUGGGACAACCCAGCCAGAUGGGUGAGGUAUAAAUAAUAAAAGAAUUCUUCAUCAACUAAGCUUGACUCAGAGUAGACCUACUGGCAUUAAUCAACAUAACUAAGUUAGAUUCAUUCAUUUCAGUGGGUCUACUCUGAAUGAAACUUAGUUGAAUAGCACCCUCUGUUUUCAUUUCAGGUGGGAGAUCCUAUACAGACUUACUUUGCUGCAUCAUCUGUAUUAAGUAUACUCAAACAACCAGUGGGCAUUGGAACCAGCCAACUUUGCAUUGAUGAGAAUCCUGCUGGUGAGCAUGGGAACUUCAGCAAAGUCCUGACAUCUGUUAGUUGAGCUCCACAAACUUCGUUGGAGUUUAGUGCCGAGUAAUUGUUUUUAGCAGCUAAUGAGUUUUUUGGCUUCCUGCUGUACAAUGGCAAAUAUAAAGGAGUUCCUCUCUUUUUUUCUGCCAGAUAAGUGGGGUAGUGGUGGUAGAGAGGGAGUUAACAAUAGAGUGCACAGUGCAUAACAACAUUUUUGUUUCAACCUGUGAUAUGAUCUGCUUUUCAAUACAAUAUGCAACUUAAUAUCAUUUUGAAAGAGCCUUUCAGUAUUGCCAGCAGCAUUUAAAAUACUUAUUUCUCCUGUGGUAAAGAAGCAGGUAAUACAGUCUAAGAUGGGCAAGAUGGGUUCCAGAGGCAGUGACUAAAGGGUCAAAGUCUGGCAGUAUAAUCCCAGGCAGUGGGUCAAACCCGGCUACAGCAAAAGUGUAGCUAGUUGAGGUCUUCUUUGCUGAGGCAAGUUGCUCUGGACUGAGUUGCUGAUGAACAGGUUAGGCUAGGGCUUUAUAGGUCUCAGUGGACAGGAAUUUGUGCUUGUGAUCCACUGACUGAGUACUUAACUAGGCUUGGCCCUACAACCCAGGCAAUGCCUUGGAAGUACAGUGCUCAGUCUGUCAGACUUGCAGUUAAUACAGUGUGUUGGUGGCACAGCCAGGUAAUAAGAUGUUGGAGCCUGGCUGUUGGGAGUUCUGAAUUUAAGACAUACACACACCAUGGCAUGUUACAGGUUGGGUUGCCCAGUUGACUGCAUUUGUGGAUUCCUGUGCAUUAGGAUGACAUUUACUGCGUGUCCCUACCUGCUUAUGUGACUUGUUAAUUACUUAGGUUUCCUGGAGAGCAAAAACACAAGCUGCCUUCGAAUCCUUACUGACUUAACAAGCAGCUGCACCACUGACCCUGCAUUGGAUGCAGCUUCAUACUACCGUGGCUUCAGUGUGCUGAAGGUAACUCUUUUUAUUUUGCUAUUUUGGUAUAGUAUUGGUUAUCUUUCCUAAUUCAAGUAUGUUUCCACAUUUCCUAAGCACAUUUGAGUCUUCUGCUUCCUUGCCAAAUGAAGAAUAGGUUUAAAAAUAUUUCUUUUUAUUGUCAAAUACCUUGAAAUAUUGGGGAAACAAUUGAUAUUUCUGUUGGCCUACUACAGACAUAAAGAGUAUUUGGGGCCUACAAAUUAAGAGGUUUUUCCUAAAUAAUGUCCAGCAAAAAUAAGAACCCCCACCGUAAAAAAAAGCAACUGGAAACAAAAGCAAAACAAUGGGAUUUACAAGAAAGAGGUUUAUUGAUCCAACACAUUUUUAACUCUACUUCAGGGAAAUUCAGAUGUGCUACCUUUUUUAUUUCUUAUGCUAAAAAAUAGAUGAGGUAGCACAUCUGAAUUUUGAAUUACUGUUCUCUGAAUUUCCCUGAAGAAGAACCAGCAGGGUUCAAAAUUUGUUGGAUGAAUAAACCUUUUUCUUGCCUAUUCCUAAAUAAUGCCUCAUCCCCAAUAGAUAAAAAAACACUGCAAAGAAGACGAGACUGUAAGAUUGGGAUCAAAGGUUUGUAAAUCAUUAUCUUGUGCAGACACUAAAGUAUAGCUGGCUUUUCAUUUUCAGGUCCCAGUCAACAUGACUAUUUUCCAACCCAUACAGGUGAGAUCUUAGUUUGUUUUUGCCUAGUGAUAAUUUUGAAACAUAGUCUAGAAAAUGGACUGGAAAUUGUGGAUCUAGCUAUACACAAAGAAAUGAGUGUUGUAAAGAUGUUAGUUUAUUUGUAUAUGGUCUCAAGGGAAUGCUUAAGUUUCCCGCUGCAAGUAGCAGAAUAGUUGUGAAGAUUAUUUUUUGUGAAGUGGGUUGGAAGUUUCAAAUGCCCCUGGUCUAAGAUGACUGUGGAUAGAUUAUGUGGGUGAAGAUAAAUAUGAUAUGAGAACUGAAAAUAUCUUUCGUGUCUCCAGGUCAACAUCACCCCUGUUUCAGAGCCUGCAUCUCCUUCACUAAGUGGUAGCACGUGCCACAAUGUUGUUUCUGAGGUAUCAUUAGUUCUUCGAGUGCUGUCCUCAUUAGUAGAGGUGUGGGGAGGUGACCUGAGGCCUAAGUUCAUACCUUGUCUCUCUCUGACAUGUAUGUCAUACUUUUAGGUGAGCUAUGAGGUGGAGUUCAAUGGGAUUCAUGGAAUUCAGAAAGUGUCUGUUCAAUUCAAAGUUGCCAGUAUAUCUGGAAAUCCAAGAGCCACACUGCAACAGCACUUUUCUCUUCAUUUUGGGGUCAGUGUUUGUUCUUAUAUGCAUUCUUGGACUGUGGGGAAAAGGGUUGGGCUGGGGCCAUUGUGUGCAACUGGAUCCUUUGAUGUGUUAUGAGCCCAAUGAGAGUGGAACCCAGAGUCAGUAUUCUACUGUCAUGGGCCUCAAUGGUGGUGCUGUUGUGGAAGUAAGAUGGCUACUCUGAAACACAAAACGGGCUUGCAAGUGUGGCUCCAUAUUUAUUUCUUGGCCAUAUGUGAUCAAAGAAAGGACUGAGUUUGUGUUUCAGAACAAUUGUGAUGGCUUAGAAGUCUAGAUUCUUCUCAGGGCUGUCAAAGUCUCAGGCUGGUGCGCUGAAGAAGCAUUUUCUAGGUCUGACAUCAAGUUGGAGAAGUCUCCAUCCUGUUUAUCAAAGUGAUGCAAAUUAAUUUUGGAGCUAGGGAAAGGAAGCUAUCAGUGCUUUGAAAUGGCAUGCCAAACAUUUCUAAAUGGAGAUAGGCCUUGCAUGCAUUGAAAGGGGAAGGGUACAAUGUUUUGGAAACUUCUUUUGUCUAGUUGGUUAACACCAGCAGUUCUAAGAAGAUUCUGAGUUUUUAGUAUUCAAACUGGACAGAAUCUGUGCACUUCGUCUAGUACACUUUUAGCUUUGCCUGUAAUCUUAGAUUCUGAUCAGCUCUUACACAAGCUGUCAUGAUAGAGUGGUAAACAGACUAGAAAGUAUUUAAAUUGGUUUUUUUCUCCUUCCAUCUGCUAAAUUUGUCUCUCACUUUGUGUACCUGUGAAGCAAUCACAUAAACAAUAGAGUAAAGCAGAUGAAUAGGCAAUCAAUUGCUUACAAUGGUAUUAGUCUCAUUAACUCACUUCCUGUAAUAACAGUUAUUUGUGUAUACUGGUAAAAAAAAAAUUGCUAUGUCUGCCUGGUGACUUAUUUUGGAGAGUGGAGUGCCGUGGUAGAUAUGCCCAUAGUCUGAGUCCAUGUGACUGAUAAGAGUCAUGAAGACAGUGCAGAGGAGAUAAGAGUAUGAAUUUCUGGGCAAACUAUACUCUUCUUUCUCCCUCUGCAUCAAACACAAACUAAUCAUCCUCAUUCUUUGCCUUUCCUUGCCACUUUUUCUCUUCUGCCUAUGUCAGUAAUUCUCCACUUGCUUAGAGAAUGAAAGAUGUGCCACAGAUGCUGACUUCGCAUACUUAUUCCUUGUCUAAAAGACAUGUAGCCUUUCUAUAAAUCACACACACAUAUAAAAGGAAAUAAUGCUGCAAGUUGCUCAUCUAUUAACUUUGACGUAAUCAUGACUAAAGCAGAACAUGAUGGCAACAUAAUUUCUUCUGUUGCUUUUCACUAGGGAAGAGGCUUCUUGCAAAUCUCUGCAAAACUGCUUCCACUGUUGUCCUGCAAAUUGCUGCUUACAUUUCUUGUUGCUUAUAACACCACAUGGGAGCAGCUGCAUCAUGCAAGGAUUACUGCCUGGUGUAUUAGCCAGUGUUCUUUUUUAUUUCCAUUUCAUUCACAUGUCUGACAGUGCCCCAAGAUUAUCUAUAUUCCAUCACUGCGGUGUUGGGUCAGUGGAUUCAUGUAUGGUACUCCAAUGCACUAUUAUAGGAUUUUAGUAUGUGUAAUGACAAAACAAGGCCCCCUUCGUCUGGCAUGAGUGGGCUCAGCUCCCACUUCUUUGGCAUGUCAAUCCUAACCAUUAGGCCAGGUUUGAAUUUUGUCCCUUACAAAUUAUUGUAUUUCAAAGUAUGUACAGAUGAUGGUAUAAAAAGGUUGAUGUAAUUUAUUUUGUCUCUUGCAGAGCAGGAGCCCUUCUCUCACCAAACAGAGAAGUGGGAACCCUGGAUAUAUUAUAGGAGCACCACUGAUAGUUCUGUAUAAUGGCACCCAGCAGCAUGUAUCCUUUCUGGCACUGUGUUUGAUCUAGUAUCAGGAGUGUAGCCUGAUACCAGGAGUGUACCCUUAGGUCUUAGAUGAUUGUAGAGCUGUAUAGAAGAUUUUGACCUCACCCACUGUUCUUCAUAUCACUGCAUAUAUUAAUACGUAUGUGAAUGCCCUGUGAGAACCAAGGCCCAGAAUUAAUGCUCUUGGUAUUAGUAACCACCUCACACUUUUAACUACAAAUGAGAGCAUCCUGCAGAGCUAUCUGCAAUGUAUUACUUGAUCCGCUGGCCUCAGAUUUUCUUAAAAAGCUGUAGGCUGAUGUGAUAAUGUGUAUAUGCAAUUAUAUAUUUCUUUGUUUAUUCCUGCACUUGGCUUUUCAAUUGUUUUCAGGUCUGUGCAACAUCCUUUUGUUUCUAAGUUUUUGGAUCCAAUAGAAAGAACAUGUGGAUGAGCCCAGCUGUUCAGUUAAGAUGUUGCCAUGAGCCAAUUAUGGGUUCCAAACAGCCUGUGAAUGGUUCUUGGAGAUGAGGUGGUAUUUUAUAUGUCCCACUAUAAUACCCAAGACGGAGCAACUGAGAAUGCAUUCUCUUUGCUGUUCAUGUGCUGCAUUUAAUCAGCCCCACAACUGGGGGGGAAAUAUUUUUAUUUGGAGAACUGGCAAAAGUGUUGAGGUGUUCGUGUUUGGCUGCCUUUUCAUCAUUUAGGCUAAAGUAGUAAUCAUUUAGCAUUUUAUUAAAUUAAAACCAUUUGUCUUAAAAUAUUUCAGAUUAUUUAUCAGUAGUUGAUAUUCUCCAAACCUGAGAAUGAGUUAAAAUGUAAACAAAUGAUUGUGUACAUAUGUGCACACCAUAUUUUAGUUGUGUACACAUGUACACACUUGGAGUUGCUUUCUGUCCACAAGACCGAAGACAGUUUCUCUGGUUUCCGUUGUAUUCUAGUUUAGUUUCCUGACACCUCUCUCCUCAGAUAACCAUUUUACAGAAUCAAGUUGAUGGUCAAUGCUCAGCAACUGAAAGGUAUAAAGUACAGUUUAGAGAGAAUGUGAGGACAAGUUGCCAGUUCAGGUAAUAUUCCUCAUAUUCUCUUGAAUGUUUACACUCUUUGUACAGACUUGUAUAGACAGCCAAAUUUUGUAAAUCAGAGCUGACUGCUCACUGCUUAGCACAUAAACUAAGGAACUUGGCAAGGGAUAAUUUUAACUUCUCACCAAAUGUACCUCCAUUGAAGAACUGAUUUAGACAUGUUCCAGUUCAGUAAUUCCUGAGAAGUAAUGUAAAGGUAAUGUGUUUCUGAAUGGUAGUUAAGUUUCACUGACAUGAGACCAAUGGCUGCUCCCUGUUUUGUCUGAUUUCCAGUGUACCCUUCAAGCUAGAGGAAGCAAACUGUAGCCAUUUCCAAGAAACACUACACCAAGCCUUUGAGGGAGCAUACAACUUAGGCGGUUUGGCCAUAACUGGCAAUGCUGACCCAAGCCGUCCAGGAGAGCGGACCAACAUCUUCACCCAGGGGUGCAAAAUACAGGUAAUAUGCAGAGAGACAGAGUAGCUAGCUUUGUAUCUGACAUCCUAUUGUAAGCUUUGCCACAGCACCUGAAGGAUGAAAGGGCAACCAUCUACCCUAUAGAAGAAACUUCCCUCUAACCGUGUCAAGCUGGAGCACAUUGUGUUUUGCCAAGACCAGUGGCACAUUCACAGGUCCCUACUGUAUUCACAUAGAACUUCCUUCAACUGGGCCAUAAGUCUUUUGUCUCCUUUUGUUCCUCCCAAUGAAAGGAGAGGUAGCUGUAGAAACAUCAUAUUCUGCAUCCCCAUGCAAUUCUGACUACCUCUGAGAUGUCACUCUCUUCAUAAGAACACAAAAGAGCCUGUUAGAUCAGGACAAUGACCCAUCUAGUCCAGCAUCCUGUUCUUACAGUGGCCAAUCAGAUAAUAAUAAUAAAAUUAAAUUUUUAUUUAUAUCCCGCCCUCCCCAUCCAAAGCCGGGCUCAGAGCAGCUAACAACAAUAAAAGUAACACAGCAUUCUAAAAUCAAUUCAUUCUAAAAUCAAUUCAAAAUCAAAUUAAUGGCAACCAUUGGGCUAGAGUUCUGUGAGGAUUGCCAAAGGAGGGGGUCAGACUGUGCCUUAGCCAAAGGCCUGGUGGAACAGCUCUGUCUUGCAGGCCCUGCGGAAAGAUGUCAAGUCCCGCAGGGCCCUAGUCUCUUGUGACAGAGCGUUCCACCAGAUUGGGGCCGCAGCCAAAAAAGCCCUGGCUCUGGUUGAGACCAGCCUAAGCUCCCUGUAGCCCAGGACCUCCAAGAUGUUUUUGUUUGAAGACGGUAAGGUCCUCCCUGGGACAUGCAAGCAGGAUUCCAGCACAAGGGCACUCUCUUUUCCUGUGGUUUCCAGCAACUGGUGUUCAGAAGCAUACUGCCUCCAACUGUGGAGGCAGAGUAGAGCCAUCAUGUUUUGCUCCAUAUUUGAGCACAAAUUUAGCAGUAAUUCUGGACCUUCCCCUUUGUACUGCUGAUUACUCAGCAGGAAUACAACUCUUUGGAAGUACGCUUAUUUAAUUUAGAAUUUCCCCUUUUCUUUCUAGGAGGGGCAUUGUAUGGUUCCCAUUUCCCUGAAGAUCCAAGUGAUAUGGGCCCACUUAGGCCUCCUGUCUAAUCCGCAAGCUCAGAUAUUGGGAGCACGAUACCAUUAUCUCUGCAAAUCUCUGGAGGUCUGUCACAAAUAAUGUCUUAGGGCUGUUUUCUGUUUCUUUGGACCAUUUCAGAUGUAAUGCAAAGUAUAUGAGCUAUAGUGAGUUCGCACAUUUGACUUUUUUUGUGCACCAGAGAAGAUUGAAAGCUACAUUCGGUUUUAAACUAACCAGAGCUCACUGUUGCAUCUUAACUUGGUGAAUUCUGGUUUGUUUAAACUCUGAGUAGUUCAAACAAGCUAGGAUCCAAAAGUGGUUUAUUAUCCUGAUUUGUUCACUACCUAGUGUCUGAACCUACCAGAGUUGCCCUAUUUCAGGAACUUGCUUAGUUAAAAACUAGAAGCAGAUGCUUCCUAUAAUCUUCUCUGACACAAGCCAGAGGAGAAAGGGGAGCCCAAGACUUAAUGUUGUUUGUACACAUAAGGCUAAACCAGGGGCCAGAUCUUCCUCUCCCUCCCCACUCCGCAGGCCAACUUUGACAAUUGGGCAGGACCAUCUAAAGCAAGAGGGUGACCAAGCAGGAUUGAAUACCCCAUGCAUCAACUUCUGCUUUGGGUAAUUCAGUCCUGCUUUCUGCAGGGAUCAGCUUUACUAGUAGCUCAUAGAAUUGUAGAGUUGGGACCACAAGGUUCGUCUAGUCCAGGGGUAGUGAGCCUUUUUAUACCUACCGCCCACUAAUGCAUCUUUCUUGGUGGUAAAAUUUCCUUACCGCCCACCAGUGCUCAAUGGAAGGAGGAUUCAGCUUGUGCCCUAGAACCUCCUACCGUAAGGUUACCAGACGUCCCUGAUUCCCGGGGACAGUCCCCAGAUUUACAAAUCAGUCCCCUGACAAAAUCCAUCUACUUAGUAGGAAGUUGAAAUGUGUCCCGGGAUUCAUUGAAAAAAAUCUGGUAAGCUUACACUACCACCCAUCUAGAAUCCUGAAACUCCCACUAGUGGGCGGUAGGGACCAGGUUGACAACCCCGAUCUAGUCCAACUCCCUGCAGUGCAGGAAUCUUGCCCAACAUGGGGCUCAAACUCACAGCCCUGAGAUUAAGAGUCUCAUCCUCUACUGACUGAACUGUCUGAUGUUUGGGAGGAAGUGAACUGGUGGGCUGAAUGAGGAGGCCUGGUGGGUCACAUCUGGCCUGCAGGCUGGAGGUUCCCCACCCCUCACUGAACCAUAAGUUUAGCAAUAAAUCUGAACCAGCCCAAUGAAUUACAGUGGUACCUUGGUUCUCAAACGUAAUCCGUUCCAGAAGUCUGUUCCAAAACCAAAGCAUUCCAAAACCAAGGUGCGCUUUCCCAUUGAAAGUAAUGCAAAACAGAUUAAUCCAUUCCAGACUUUUUAAAACAACCCCUAAAGCAGCAAUUUAACAUUAAUUUGACUAUCUAACGAGACCAUUGAUCCAUAAAAUGAAAGCAACAAUCAACGUACUGUACUAUAAAAUAAAUAAGACAGUAUUGUAGAUGAUAAAAAUUAAAAUUAUUUUUCUUUUCUUUCCUGCACUGAUGAUAGUCAUUGUUUGGAUGAGGGACUUUUAUCCAUUUCUGUAGUCACACAAUCAGUCAGUCAGUAGCUGAACUGGGUUCCACACAGCCACAAAAACAAAUUAACUGGAAAAGCCUCAAAAACAAAAAUGCAAAAUAAAUAGUAAAAAGAAGAGUCCCAAACUUAAUCUGUUCCAGAAGUCUGUUUGACUUCCGAAAUGUUCGAAAACCAAGUUGCAGCUUCUGAUUGGUGCAGGCGCCCCAGAAACAAUAUCCGACAGCCGCAUCGGAUGUUUGGCUUCCGAAAAACGUUCGAAAACCAGAACACUUACUUCUGGGUUUUUGAUGUUUGGGAACCAAGGCGUUUGAGAACCAAGGUACCACCGUAUUUCACUAUUACUUAUUAACUGUCUUCCAAGGUAAAGUAAAAAUGAUUGUAACAAAUAAGAACUCAUACUACUUAACCAGAAUUUUAGGAAAUAUUAGGAGAUCAGUGAAGAAGCCUGCUCCUGUCCACUAGAGUGUGAGGGAAGAAGUAUAGGAGUUGUAUAGGAUUAAUCUGCUACAUUGACAGAGAGAGUUGCAAGACAAGAGACUAGUUCUCUGUGUAGUGCAAUACCAGCUAUUGCCACUGUGGAGCUCAUAAGGGAAGGCAGGUGUAGCCUCCAGCUCCUGUCCACAGCCAAAAGGAGGAGGCUAAACAAGUGACAGAAUAAUUUUAAUAGCUGUGUGUCAGGAGGUCCAGUGGGUGGGGGGAUGGUCUCUAGGCUCCGUGUUCUUCACUUGUAUGCCUGUUCGUGCAUCACAAAGAACAGGUUUGCAGCUGUCAGUGGUAAGGUGAAAGGGGAGCUGGUAGUGGGAAAUAAUAGCUAUAGAAAUGGAUAUCACUUUUCUUUUCAGUUCCAUUUGCUGUAGAGUAGUCCCAGUCUCCUAUUUUGAGAGACAUUAAGGACAAACAUGUCAUGUCGCAAGCCCAAGACAAAUGUCUCAGGCUUCCCUUUCAUGUUCAGGGAACAGCUCUGAAUUACCAUGGACUAGUGUAAGAGGCCUGUGGAGCAAUUUGCUGUGAGGUAGGAACCAAGCAAGGCUCUCUAUACAUUCUAAAAUGAUAGUUUUGUUUUUCUUCCAGUCCAUUGGCAACAUGGUGAACAUGUUGCCUUUGACAACCACAGUUGCCUUCACGGAUGCUACGAAAUGGCCAGAGCCACCCCGCGGUCAGCCCAGAGCCUAUUGGAAGCUUCCAUUUGAUUUCUUCUUCCCUUUUAAAGUGGCAUUGAGUGGAGCUGUGAGCAGCUCAGGCAGCCUACCUGGUACUCUGCUGGUGGCAUUAACAUUUUGUAAAUUACUUGUCUCAUGAACGUCUUUUUUUAUAAGAAGAACAAGAUCUUCAAGAGCCAUAUUGGCAUUGCUGUAUUACAUAGCAUUGCUUGCUAUGAAGUGACUGAAUCAGAAUGGAUGCCCUCUUGGGGGAAAGUGUGUUUAAGAAACAGUCUCCUCCUAGUGGAGGGUAUAGAAUGGAAACUCUGCGUCACAUGACUGCGAUGCUUGUAGUCAAGUCUAGGAACCUCUGUAUAUCACUAUCUGGACUUGUGGUGACCUGUUGAAAACUCACCAGCCCAUGGUGAGCUGAUCAAAUGCACAUACCACACAUGAAUUUGGUAUUCAGCUCAUGAGGGUAAGUGCUAACAGUUGUGCCAUAUGUGACUUGCCAUGCCUCUUUAUGGAUGUCUUUCUUUACUCCACAAGACCUCUGGCCAUCAAUCUAGUGAAGAAAGAGUUGGGACCCAAAGUGACAUGGGCACUCUUCCUCCUCAUUCUGAAGCUUUUGAGCCUCUUCUGUGCAGCCCCUUAUGUUCCCCAAAACCCUUGCCAGUGCGGAAGUGCUUGAGGACGAUCUCAGGCUGCGUUAGAUCUCAGUCAAGGAAAAAGCUCUCAGUCACAAACUCUGACGCAUUAUUUCUUGAAGAAAACACUAGAAGUAGAAAGUUCUAUAGCUUUCAUUCUGCUUUCCCUUGUCUGUUGUUAGGGGGAAACUUGGGACACUUGAUAACGCACAACUUUGUAAAUGAAACUAUGUUAUCUUUAUGGAUUGUCAUUAAAAACUAGUAUCAUUCCUCUUUUCAUGAUAAAACAAUCACGCCUUUCAUGACUCACCUCGAUAAUACCUGUCUCUUACCUUUAUACUAACUAUGGCUGGCUUUCCUAGAGGAGUCAAAUUGGGACACGAUUACUGAAAAAGAAAUCUCUCCACAAUCGCAGAGGAUACAAAGCUGCACUGAUGCUAAAUGUCCUUUUAUGUUAUAGAACUUAUGCACACUUGUUUAUUGACUAUGGGAGCUUGGGAAGUGGGCUUUAAUUUUAGGAGUGUUGCAGCUUAUGUCCUACUGAAGAGUUCUUCCCUAAUAUAUUACACUUUAACCAACAGCCUUAAUAAACAAAGCCAGUGUAUAAAAAAAUUAAGAAUUUUGUGGGGGCAUCUUGUUAUAAUUACUCUGCCUGUCUGCAUCUGAUGUGGGACAAGUAUAAUUUCUGUUCUGCUUUAUUGCUUCACAGCAUAUGGGGCUGUUUAACAGAUUUCAGUAAUGAUACCUUUCAUGUCCAAGUAAUUGGUGUAGGCCUGUUCUAACAUAGUUGCUUUUUAGCAUUUCCCUGCAAUACAAUAGAACUAUAGCUUCUUCCAGAAUCUGGAAAAAUGUAUAAUACCUAUUUGUUAUCAAAUAACAAUAAUCUCUUUUCUUUUCUUUUUUAAAACACCCUGUGAGUGCAAUUUUUAUACAUUUCUGUUCAGAAGUAAGUCCCAUGAAGUUCAAUGGUUCUUACUCUCAGGGUCAAUAGUUGUAAAAUUAAAGCCUAAAUAAAGGAUGCCUAUGAGAGGUAGGGGGACCCAUUGUCAUGGGAUAAUGUAUUGCCUUUACAGUAUACAUCUCAAGUCUUCUAAUUUCAGGUAGCCAUCUACUUUUGUAGCCCUUAUGAGACAGUAAAAGCUUAGUGAGAGGCAUUGUUAAUGGGGAAUGGAGCAAAAUGGCAUACUAUAUCUUUAUAAUAUGUCUCAUACCAAAGAAUCCAGCUAUCUCAACUUUUGUUGCUCAAAAUAUGUCCACUAAGAUCAGUUGAAGAGUGACCUUCAAGCCUAUGGUUUCAGAGUUGCCUUGAAUCUUGAGGUAGGCAGAAAGUGACCUUACCCUGUCAACUCUAAAAUAAGGACACUUUAGGAAAAAUUAGCCUCAAAGUCCAAGUAGGAGGACUAGUAAUUUACAGCUCUCCAGUUGGAGUGUGAUAUGAAAUCACAGGUGAUAAUGCCUUGGCCCAGUUCCUUGCUUGUCCGUCCUCAUGUCACCUGGGGUUCUGGCAAAAAAUGAGCACUGUGAAAAUGUGUUUCUUGGGCUGCUUGUGUGGGUGGCAAGAAAUUAUAGGUUUUGUCCCCUGAGACUGAGAGGAGAUACCAUAGUCUUCAAUUAUCUAAAGGGCUAUAACAUGGUAGAUGGAGCAAGCUUGUUUUCUCCUGCUCUGGAGUCUAGGACCUGAACCAAUUAAUUCAAAUUACAGGAAAGGAUGUUCUGACUAAACAUCAGGAAGAACUUUCUGAUAGUAAGAGUUAUUCAACAGUGGAACAGUAAGAGUUAUUCAACAGACUCCCACGAGAGGUGGUGGACUCUGCUUCCUUGGGGUUUUUUAAGCAGAAGUUAGAGAGCCGUCUGCCAUGUAUGCUUUAGUUGAGAUGCUGCAUUGAGGAGAAUGGGGUCCCUUCCAACUCUAUAGUUCUUUUUCCACUGAAAUGUCACUGAACAUUCCACAAAUAAGGGUGCAGACUGCACCUCAGAUCAAAUUCCACCUCUACUUUUGGAUUUCUUCAUCUGAAAAGUAGUAAGUAGUAGUACCUUGUAAAGGUGUUAAGGGUUUUAUCUGCAAAGUCCUACUAAGUGUAUCUCAGCUGCUUUUUCUUGUGUGUGAUCGUCCCUCAGCAUACUUUGGUUCAGAGAAUGGCUGAAGAGUAUGUGAUGCUAAGUGGGGCUUACUUGGAGGCAAGGUUCUCUGAAAGACUUGUGUAAGCUGCUCUGAGCUUCCCAAAAGAAAGAUGAAGAUACUGUAAAUAAAAAUUUCAGCAUUGGAGGAUAACAAGGAAUGAAGAAUGAUUUCCUUCAAAGAUUUAACAAACUUUGUUCUAACAAAGUGGGAACAUGAGAUUGACAAUUCUUAAGUAAGAUGAAAUUUAUGCUGGAGGAAUAUUUUUUAGAAGUUUAAAAAGGAAAAAUCUGAUAUUGACACUAUUUUAAGUUUUUAAAAAACUAUUACAUUUCCUGGUGGAUAAAAAGUAUAGGACAAACUCAAUUUUUAUUAUGAACCUUUAGAUAUCUGCAGAAAUUGUCUUUGCUCGGUGUUGGAAAUCUCCAUCUGUACCUGUACCAACCAUAGCAAACUGGCUGGUCUGUCUUAGGUACUGUGUACAUGGGGAAAAUGGGUAACUGUUAGCUACAGAGAUCCAGUGUUGCAGAAAUAGAAACGUGUAUGUGAGAGAGUGUGUGUGUGUGUGUGUGUGUGUGAUUGGAACCGGAUUCUGGAUUUAGGCUGACUUGACCAAUUGGUGCUGAUGUGAAUGACUUGUUUGUUUCUUACUUUGUGUUUCUUUUGUAAACAUUGUAUUUGAUUUAAAUAAAAAAAGAACACUAUACCCUUUCCACUGAGGCCAACUUAUGUGUGAUUCCACUUAUUUUUCUUUUAAAAGCAGGCUAAUUUCAAUUCUGCGGGCAGUCUGUUUCAUAAAUAACUUCAGUGCAAGUGGGGCUUCUGUGGGUAAUAUGUUCCUUGUAGGAGCAGAUUCCUCCCCCGUGUUUUUCUCCCUUAUCAAAAGGUAGUUUCUAGUAGGAGGGUGUCAGUGUCCCCCUAUUUAGCAUAAAGUCACAGCACUGUGCAGACCCAUAUUCGCACGGUGAGAGGUAGAUGCUUAAAGAACGUUCACACUCCUACGAAAGUCUCAUAAAGCUCUGUCUUGGCAAACCAUAACGCAUUCUGUCUCCUUAAUUCACUUUCAGCAGUCAUUUGCACAUAUAUUCCUAGAAGUAGCCUUUAAGGAACAUUUAGGCCACGUGCUGUACUUUCUUGACCAUGUUUAGUCAGAAGUGAGAGAAUGCCUACAAGUGACUGUGCUUAGGAUUGCAGCCCUGACUAUAUGCUGUUCCAUGCAUCUUAGUUUUAUGGUUUGUGUUUUAGAAGCUUGGCUGCGCAGCACCCAUAUCUGAGUACUGAUUGUAAGGAGCACGUGAUUCCUGUGUGAGUCCCAGCUGUAUAGUGCAUUUUGCCCGUCUGGGCUUUGGCUUCACAGAACAUGCAAUAACAAAGUCCAGCUUUGUUGACUUUAGGUGUUUAAGCAUGAGGCCAACUCCCUAAUGGAUAACUCUUAGGAACAAGCUGUUUCCUGACCUGCCCCUCAAUGUCUCCAGAAAGAAGCCUGCCUGGACUCUUUUGUUUUGACUUGUUUCUUUUUAUUUAUUUUUUUAAAACCCUGUUCUGAUAGAACAAUAUAUGACAAUGUUACAAUACGAUAAUAUCUGCUUAAGGUCAAGUAUAUAGGUCCAAAUUGUCACUCUGUCUUCUCACUUGGGAGGAGUAUGACAGCUGAACUGAGUCGGAUACCAGUGCAUACCAUAUAUUUCCAAACGCUUGAAAGGGACUGUCCCUUCAUUUGUUUUGAAGCAGAAAGUUCCAGUUUGGGAGAGAGACAGAUAUUGCAUUUGUCCUUGUGAGACUAAAUUCUGCUGCAAGUUCCUUGUGUGCUGAGCAAAGAGGGACAGGACAAAGUUCUUAAUCUCUGCUUUGCCCCAUUUCUCCCAGCAAGACACUUCCAGUGGAAAGGUUGAAAAGCAAAGGAAGUGGCCUCUUGGCUUUCAGGACUUUUUUGUGCAAGUAGUAAAUUAGUAACUCCUUUUCUUUCCUAUCUCAAGGUGGGUUACAACAUGUCUUAACAUUUUAAACUUACAUUUUUAUCCUGCUUUAAAAAAGCGAACAAAUGUUACAAAUUAUAACCUAUUUGAGGUAGGGUAGUCUGCACAAUGUCACCCAAGAAGAUUUAUAAUGGAGCAAGGAUAUGCACUUGGAUUUUACAGACAAAAUUAUAUUUGGUCUGCUAUUCUGUGUUGUACUAAGGGGAGCCAUAGCAACAAGCCAAAAAUCUCAUUUCUGAAUGAAUGCCCAAAACAAAAUGCAUACAUUACUAACAUAAACAUGGGGUGGAGAAUGAUAACUAAUACUCUGAAAAAUCAAUAUGAAGCAACAAAUAAAGUGGCAGGGGGAGGCUGACAGCAUAUUUUCUCUCUUAACUGACCACAUUCCAAAAUAGGUUUCAGAAAUAUAAGGCCCAUAUGUUCCCUAAGUAAUGCUGCUCUUAAGUUUGUAAUUCUAAAACUGGAAUCUACUGUCAUUUGAAGUAAGCCACUAUAAAUCAGUAGAACUCUGCCAACUUUAGCAUUCUGAUGCACAUGGAUUGUCAACUGCACAGUUCCGUUGCUGUCUUGAAAUUUUGUGCCCACAUGCCAGCCUUUAGCUUGCCCCAAGGCCCAGAUGGUUUAUGAGGUUUAUACAGUGGUACCUCGGGUUAAAGUACUUAAUUCGUUCCGGAGGUCCGUACUUAACCUGAAACUGUACUUAACCUGAAGCACCACUUUAGCUAAUGGGGCCUCCUGCUGCUGCCGCACCGCCGGAGCACGAUUUCUGUUCUCAUCCUGAAGCAAAGUUCUUAACCUGAAGCACUAUUUCUGGGUUAGUGGAGUCUGUAACCUGAAGCGUAUGUAACCUGAAGCAUAUGUAACCCGAGGUACCACUGUGUUUUCUUUAAGAGCAGAGACAGCGGUGCAAUCUAGUUGGGCAAUUCCUGCCCACGACGGACCCAUGGAGUAGCCUAUGAAAGCCACUUUUCCUUUGCCUCAGUUAUGUCCACCACCUGUAAAAUGGGUAUAAAGCUACAAUCCCUACAAUCCUGAUAGGGAAGCAGAUCUGACUGAAUUGUGGGAGUACUUGAGCAAACAUACUUAAGUCCGCACAGUAAUAAGGAUUUGCCUCACAGAGCUGUCAAAGACAACCCAGGUAAGGGUGGUAAGCCGGGACAAUUUACAUUUAAACAGAAACAACUCCUUUGGGCCCUUCCAGGCCUUUAGCAACCAGGGCAAGGUUGCUAAAUUAUUUCAUUUGUUGCUGUCAUCUUUUCCUGCCAGAGGGAAGGAGCUACUGAUGCCAUUCUCUGCCUCAGGUUCCCAGACAGCCUGGCAGGCCUUGGGCAGUGAUGCAGCUUGACAGGGCGAGGAGGACAGGCUCCGUUCUUCCCCAGGCAGAAAACUGCCUUGGUUGGGGGGCGGGCGGCCCUAGACCCUGCCAUUACCCGGCGCAUCCUUUCAAUAACAAUUCCUCUUCCGCAAGAGAAGGCCCGCUCCUCUUCGCAGGAGGAACUCUCCCAACGCUUCAUAUUUUAUUUUAUUUUUGCACGGCCAAAUAAAUAAAUAAAUCUGAAGAUCUUUGCAAUCAGAUGGGGGGGUCGGGCGGAAGGAGCCCACCCACGUUAAGGGGAGGCAGGUGCCACGAGGCAAGCAGUGGGGAUGGGUGGGAAAGGAGGGGGCGGAGUCCCUGGCCGGAAGUGCCUCUGCUGACAUCGCGCCCGCCGGCCGGAUCGGUGUUUGGGGGGAGUCCGGGGUGCGCUCCGCUCCGCUCCUCGUCCGGAGAGUUUGUAAGUGAUGCCGGAGGAGGGGGGCGCAGCUGGGGGGGGGGAGGGAGCGGGCCGGCGAUCCCUUCUCUCUCUUCCCAUUGCGAGAGCCCGUAGGGGGCGGAACUGGGGAUAGAGACCCUGCGCCCCAAAGAAGGGAUUCAGGAUCGCCCCGGUCUCCCCAUCCUCCUCUGAGAGCGAGUCGGGCUCUGAUCAUGGACCCGGCUGGGAUCUGACGCACUCGGUUGCCAUCCAUCCUGGAGGGAGGGCAGGGUCCCCAUUCCCACUCCCAUAUUUUUAACCCCCUGGGCGAUCCAAGUGGGAAAGAGAUAUAUUUGUGCCCCGUCCCCCCCACGCUUCCAUUGGCAGGUUAGGGACGGGGGUGCUGAACCCUUGCUGGUGGUUGUGGGCAUGAAAGCAGGGCACUUAAAUACAGGAUAUUGUCUUCUGUGUAUGACGUAAGGGGGCUGAAUAUACAGCAGAGCCUUUCUAAGAGUCCGGGGCAUCGGCUGCUGCUGUCUUGGGUCAUUUGUUGAGAGUGAUGACAUAUACGGUGCCUCUUGCAUCAUGUCCAGCAUCCUUGGUGCUGCGCCCACCGUGUGUGAAGUGUCACGCACAGACCUAGAAUCAUCUGUUGGCAUAUAUCUAGGCGGAAGCUGAUUGAUCUUACGAUCAAGGCCACCAAGCGUCUAGCAGUGCCGUCUGACUUGCAGUGUUUUAAGAAAAGUGUGUGCAGAAUAAUGCUUUUUUAGAUUAAAAGAAAGAAAAGGCAGGCGCAACACAGCUUCUGCGAGAGCAGUUUGCAUCCCAUCGCAACCCCUGCUUUUAUGUCUGUUUCCUGCGUGAUAAAGGCUAUUUUGCGUUUUUGGAAAUUUGAGAUAAGUUCCUUGUGAGAGGGCAGACUUCAAAAUUACUAUAAAGUGAAGGGCAAAGUCUCAUUCUGGAUGCAAAAUGUUUAUCAAUCAGGCUUGCCAUAAAUACUUGUGUUAACCCUGAUGCCCUCUUCUUGUGUUUAUAAAUGCGGGUGCAGUUGUUACACCUGCAUCCUACCUUUGGAUGAGGCUGAGUUCUCACCUUAUAGAGGGGUAUUUUAAAGGGUGAGCUUUCUCCCACUUUUCUUUGGAGUUAUGAUGUUGCUUGAACUUCUUUCUUUUUUUCUUUCUAUCUUUCCUUUCCAUUUUUUUUUUAACAAUCAAACUGUCAGUCAGCCAAUCUCUGGGCAAGAUUGCUUUUAAAAUUAUGUAUUCUUUCUCUGUUCUUUUGACUUUGAUGAGUUGCACAAACCCUGCUCUGCUGCUGGUUACUAAAAUCUCGCUAAAGCUUAUAUACACAGAUCUGUCUCUGUAACCCUUUCCUCUGUGCUACUCUCAACUCCUCUGUCUCUAUCUUUAUAGAUCAUGUUGCCUUUUGGAUUAGAGGGGCAAGAGGUCAUUAUUUAACAAUGGGUAGGAGAAAAAAGAUGUGGUUUUUUUCCCCUCUGGGUUUUUCCCCCCUUCUGGGUGCUGGAGAGGAAAAGCUAUGUGUUUGCAGAUUGCAUGAAUCAAGGCAUUGAAUUUGGGACAUCAGCUGGAAUUGAUUCUGCCUAGAAGUUGAGAGUUCAGGGUGGACACUCUUAAGUAGGUAAUGUAAGCUUAAAGUCUCACUUACAAAACUUGCUAUAUGUAGAAAGACUCUUGUAAACACCACUUUGUAUGGAAAGGCAUAUAGGCCUUUUAUCAAAACAAAACCUCAAAUCCUUUCCUGAGGUCCUCUUUUCCAACUUGGGCCACUUUUAUUAUAGGAUAUAGGAACAAAGGCUCAGUGGGAACUGUAAAACUGAGUAGAUACAGAUGUGGAGAUCAUUUUUAGAGGUGCAGCUGCAUAGUUUGUUACAGCAAAAGUGAGUUUGUGUUGUGUUACCUUGAAUAGGAACAGAUUUGUGAGUCUUGUAAGUAAGCCUACAAAAAUGACUAGUUUGCAAGAAAAAGUAGCCUGCAUUUCCAUGCUGGCUGUGCUCCCUCCUCUUAGGCUAGUAAGAAAAGGUUUUUUACUGUAUUAGCAGCACCAAAGUGACCUUUAUGGGGCACAAGCCUGGGCAGUGCGGCUGGAGGUCCUGGGUGUUCAGACAAGAUCCCCCUCUCAACUGGCUGCUGCCAAAGAAGGGGUGGAUCACUCUAUACCUCUUCUGCUAGCCCACUUGCUAGACUUUCCUUCCUCUAUGGCUAGCAGAGGAGAAAUGGAGCAAUUCCACACACACACACACACACACACACACACACACAUGCCAGGCUGCUUAUGCACUUGUACCAGGCAAGCUGUUAAAUGCAAGGCUGUAUGUACUGUAAUAUAAGCUUUCAUGCACAAUUGAUUAAGAAGCAUGAAGUUGCUGGGAAUUGCAGAUGGGGAGAGUUCAGUUGUGCUCAGGUUCUGCUUUUGGGCUUCCCGUAGGUGUCUGGUUGGCCACUGAAAGAAGUGCAUGCAUGCCGGAACUAGAUGGGCCUUUGGCAUGAUCCAGCAAGGCUCUUAAGUUCUUAUGUUCAGGUCACAGGCUCCUCAAUUUAAGAUUAUGGUUGCUUGGGAACUUCUAAAAAUAGGGGUUCUUCAGCAUGAAAAGCAGGGUUAGAUCCUAGGAAACCAGUUUAAAUUAAACUAAUAAUAUCUGGCUAGCUUAAACAGGAAAAAUAAAUAAAAUAUGCACGUCCAAUUUUGGUCAGGAUCUUAGUGUUUCAUUUUGUUUAGUGUGCUAAAUACACAGAAACAAAACAGUAAAAAACCCAGUAAAAUUAAGUGUGUGAACUUUUGGAAGAGGGGGAUUUAACUGUCUCAAAACCUCUUUGUUUCUCUUUCUAAAUGCAAUUAUUAAUAAUAGUGGUGCAACAGAAGGAACUUUUUUCUUUUCCAGGUCUUUCUAGCAUCUUCUAAACAGCCAAUUUUUCCAACGGCAGAGAUUAAAUCUUAUUUUGGUGCCUUUGUUAGCUCUAGCCUUUGAACCGGAAUUUUCCCCUUGUUUAGAACUGCUUGAUUGGAUCUCUAUAUAAUUAGUGGGGUGAGGGGGGAGCAGUAGUUUUCCUCUGAAAUGUUGAGCUUGGUUGGGCCACUGCAGAUUGCCAGACUAGACAAGCUGGAUUUGCAGUAACUUGUUAUGCUCUAAACAAGUUUUCCCAAGGGAAGCUUUCAGGAUUUAAGAGUGAAAUUACGGUAAGUCUAACCAGAACUGAAUGGGUAAGUCUUGACAUGAUAUUUCUCCCCUUCUUAUUUAUAUUAAGCACUUUUAGCUAAUGGAUGCAUAUACCUGAAUACCUCCAUGUGCUUUUUUCACACAGUAUAGCUUGAAAAUACAGAAUUGUAUCCACCUCAGUUUUGUAAGUAUUUCAGUGGAAAACCACGGCUGGCGUUAACAAGCAUUCUAAUGAAUAUUCUUUUUAGCCUAUGAACAUUCACUUGUUAUAUGUUGUUGGUUUGGUUUAAUAAACAAUAUGUUCUGAAAGCUAUAGUUCAUCUGCCAUGAAAUUACUGUUUUUUUUGAAGGCAGCGAGUUGUAGUUAUGAGGACUGGAACUCGGAGGGUGGAGAUUGCCAUUAGUAAAAAUGGAAGCAAGAGCUUCUCCUUGUGGCCAUGCCAGAGGAGGAGAGGAGUGUGUGGAAGCAGACAAGUCUGAGGGUUGCCUAGGCUUGCUCCUGUAAAGAUAGUUCAUUGAAGCAAGACACAAGUGUGUUUCCUGUCCUGAACUUUCUGUUCUUGGGUUGUGCUUUGUGACUUCACACAAAGUUGCUUCUAAAGCUUGCAGACGUAGCUGCACUUGGAGUUACUGGUGUUGGCAUCCGUCUGCCUCUAGAGACAAUGGAGUGCGCCUCCAGGGGUGAAGUCAGACUGCUGGAGAAUCACAGUGCCUGUUGUGGCUGCAGAGACCAGUAACUUGUAACUGCUGCCUCCUACGUUGUUUUUGCUGUGUUGCCAAGCACUGAAGUGACCUCUCUGGGGUGCAAGCGGGUACACAAAGACAUGUGGCAUUACUUGAGGGAUCAAAGGUAACCAUGGAAAGGUUAGCGAAGGUUCACGAAACUAUUAGCAAAGGUAUUACCUUCUAAGAGCAACAUUUGUCCAGAAUAUUAUACUCAGAGACAACUUUAUGCCAUUGAAAUUUGUCCUUAGCUUGCCAUACCAUUAGAUUGCGAGUUGCCAUCUUCUGCCCUUGUAGCACCAGGAGAGUUUUUUAAUUUUACACUUCCCUGGAAUAACUUCCAUCUUGCAGGAAGGUAUAUUGGUGAUCUAAAACUACUUCUGGCUUUGGCUCCACCCAUGUUUGGAAUUGGCCAUACCUGCUUUUGGCUUUAGCUAAACACUUGCCCCUGGGGGAUUGGGGCCUUUGACUUAAAAGAUUCCCCACCCCUAAUUUAAGGCUCACUUCUGCUGACUUGCUGCUGAGUGGUUGGAAAUAAAAACAGGGACGUACUAUAUUGAAACAAGGUUUACUGGUUCGUGCUAAUAGAGAAUGCAGUGCAGAAUCCUGUCUCCAACUAAUGCUAGUGGUAUAUGCAUAAUAUUUUACCGAGCUUUCUAAGGUCACAUGAUUUGCUUCAGAUCCUGAAUGAAAUAUACCAUAUUUUUCGCUCUAUAAGACGCACCAGACCACAAGACGCACCUAGUUUUUGGAGGAGGAAAACAAGAAAAAAAAUAUUCUGAAUCUCAGAAGCCAGAACAGCAAGAGGGAUUGCUGCGCAGUGAAAGCAUCAAUCCCUCUUGCUGUUCUGGCUUCUGGGAUAGCUGCGCAGCCUGCAUUCGCUCCAUAAGAUGCACACACAUUUCCCCUUACUUUUUAGGAGGGGAAAAAUGAGUCUUAUAGAGCAAAAAAUACGGUAAUUCUCUGAUACCUAGUUCUUUCUCUUUUUAAAGGCAACCUUGUUAUUGCUACACCCUGUGAUGGUUAAGCCUCCUAUUUGUGCAAAGUGUGCAAAAGUUUUUUCUUUUCUUCAAACUUCUGCAUAUUAAUAGCUGGCAGAGAAAGUGCAUACGCUGACAAAGAGUAGAAGAAUUAAAGGAUGGACUGGACGGAAAAAGGAUGAACAAAAUCUUUCCCCAUAUUCCUCCAACAGAGUCCAGCUGUUAGGUUAAACCUAUACAAGUUGCGGGGAGGGGGGGAGUCAUCACAUGGCAACCUUUUCUGGUCAUGCUCCUCUUGCGAAGUUUCCUUGGGAAUUCACCUCUAAGGAAUCAGAUUUACAUGUAGCUAUGUACUGAGGAGUAAUCAGAAAAUGGCCUUCGGUCCAUAGUUAAAUAUUGAACUGACCCCUUGUAGGUAAUUUCCUAAGGAGGUUUUAAUACAGGGGGCAGGGGGGAAUUGUCAGUACAAGAUAACUUGUGACCAAAAGAAGAAGAAAAAGCUAUUUCAUAGGUGGCACUGUGGGUUAAACCACAGAGCCUAGGACUUGCUGAUCAGAAGGUUGGCAGUUCGAAUCCCCGCGACGAGGAGAGCUCCCGUUGCUCGGUCCCUGCUCCUGCCAACCUAGCAGUUUGAAAGCACGUCAAAGUGCAAGUAGAUAAAUAGAUACCACUCUGGCGGGAAGGUAAAUGGAGUUUCCGUGCGCUGCUCUGGUUUGCCAGAAGCGGCUUAGUCCUGCUGGCCGCAUGACCUGGAAGCUGUCUGCGGACAAACGCCAGCUCCCUCGGCCAAUCAAGUGAGAUGAGCGCCGCAACCCCAGAGUUGGCCACAACUGGACCUAGUGGCCAGGGGUCACUUUACCUUUACCUGUACCCCGGACGAGCCUUCCUCAGCCUGGUGCCCUCCAGAUGUGUUGAAAUACAAUUCCCAUGAACCCCAGCCAGCAUGGCCAUUCUAACUAGGCCUGAUGGGAGUUCUCCAAAAUAACUGGAGAGCACCAGACUGGGCAAGGCUGCCCCUAGAUCCCCAUCCAAGCAUGCACAGUCCCCAUUUGCAGCCCCUCUUCUUCAUACUCCCUCUGCAGUCUGACAUGCAGGUUCUGUUCCUGCACAGAGCACUCCUUAGAACUCUAGCUAAGGAACUAGUACUUUUGCCCCUUCCCUUCUUCCUCACUUGGGCCUUACUGGAGGGCCAGUGCUAUCCCAUAAUUCAGUCCUUUCUUAUCCUGUUAUUCCUGCUUGUUAACUACAUGGACUGAACUGCUGUCACAUGCAUUAGCUGGCUGAUUCUGGUAAAUCUGACAGCAAAAUCAGCAAUUUGUACAUUGCAGAACACACACUUCCUUUACAGAGAUUAUAUCCACGCGGAAAAAGUGGUGUGUUGAGGGGUCAUCAAUGAGCUCCUGACCUCAGCCUUGUUUCUAUGCAUGCUGCAUUCCCCUAGCAACCAUUUGCUGCUUUUUUGGCUGGCUGCCCUCUUCUUCUUCCUGGUUCUGCUCAGCAACUGCAGUCUUUGACAGAAAGUUUCAGCAAUCAUGUGAAACCAUAUGUCUCAAAACACAGUAUUUUGAAACUCUUAAGUUCUGAGUGGUUUUCUUUACAGUGCACGAACAUAACUGGGAAGAGACAAGGAUAAGAAUCUGUAGAGAGCGUAACCCAUAGAAGAGUCCAGAGGUGCAGUUCGUUCUCCCACAUCUCUGUGAAUUGCUGAGAUCUGAGAUGCUUUUGCCCAUGAUGACAACAAGUUGAGUUUCUUUUGCUAGGUAUAGCCAGAUUGUUAUGCAUCUUGCUACUUCAGUGGCCAGCAGAAGCACAUCUCUUGGGCAGGAGCAAUACAGAAGUUGUCCUUUAAAUUUGAUGGUGCUGCCCUGUUGUGGAAAAGUGAGGGACGUGGUUGCACUGGAACUUUUGGAGAAAGGACACCUGGGCGGCACUAUAAUUUGGGAUUGUGUAAUCGAUGAGCAAGAAAAUGGUGUGUCGAAAUGGAAAUUAAAGCUGAAGCGUAUGCCAGGCACCAUCUCUUCCCCUGAGCUCUAGGGGAUGAAAGACGUCUUUGAAGGGGAAUGAUGGUGAAGAUUGGGCAGGGCAUCCAUAUAAACCUUAAGGUGUAUGUCAACCCCACUUUUGCAUGGCUGUAUUAGAUGGUGAGUUUUACAUCUGAGGUCAAGGCUGACAUAAAGAUAACAUGCUUCUUAAGGCUGUCGAGCUAUACAAACAUACUUAGCAGUAACUUCCAUUGAACACAACAGGGCUUAUUUUUUGAUUAGGUGCGCAUAAAUUUUCGCUUUAACAAGAUAUGGCACAGCCCUCAAUCUGGGUCACUGGAGUGCCUAUGGCAGCACUUUCCUAGAGCUGGUUCCCUCGCCUUCCUGGAUAAUUACCAGUGCAAGGAAUAUCUCCAUCCAGGUCACCCUUCCUUGCUUCUGGGGUAUAAUCUCCAUACCAAGGCAUGUGGUAUGACCAAAUCUGCUUUGAGACACUUAUUGUGAGAUAUUGGAUAUGAAAUUUUUGCUGCAUGUUUUUUCCCCUUUAAAAUGCAUGGAAGCAGGGUCUGGUUACCAUAUUUGCAAAGAGGUAAUUCACAUUUGAAACAUGCAUGCAAUUUUCAUAUCUUUAGCAGAGUUGAAAGUGCUUAGAGAGAAGACACCUGCAAAUUGUGUGUGUGUGUGUGUGUGUGUGCAUGUGUGUGUUUUGAAGAAGCAGAGAGGGCCUGAUUACUGGCUGUCAGAUCUGGUCUGCACUGGAGAUCUGUAACACUUGUUGACAUUUCAGCCUUCAACUUGGAUUUUGUGCUGCAACGUGGAACUUUUUCAUCAGCCGCUGAGCUGUAGGGUGUGAGGAGGUGAUGCCUUGACUGCUGGGAGUCAGGUUGCAUCAGCUCCUUCCAGGGCUCUCCCGUCUUUCUGUUGGAGCUGAUGUGGCUCAUCCAGGCAGCAGCUCAGGGAUUGGCGGCUGCCAGGGAGUCGUAAUUGGCUUCAGCUGGAUUUUCAGGAAUUACCGUAACUCUCUCGACUCUGGACAUUUCUGCAGUUCCUUCUAUCUGGGGUUUCCCUGCCCCCCCACCCCUGCCUCCAGCUUUUCUUCUUGAAGAGCAGGGACAGGCCCUUAUUUGACAUUGUGAGUUUUCUGCACCUGGAAUCGAUGCUUUCAGAAAGACAGUUCUUGGAUCCAGUGCCUGGGCUGCUUAUGUCUGCUUUCUCUAAUCCAGUGCUAGGGAGCUGAAGGCAAAAACUGGGGCUUGUAGCAUCACUGAGUCAUCGUGUGAUGCUAUCCCUUGUCUUAGUGCUUCUAUUGGAGUGCUUUUCUGCAAGGGCUUCCAGACUCUCUUUAUCUGAAAUACUUGGGUGAGAAACAUGGAAAUCCUCUUUUUGCUAUUGCUCUUGUCAAAAUGAGAAUGGGAUGGGAUCUUUGGAAUUGCCGUUUUCAUCUUCCCUUCUUCCAGUGCAAAUGGAGCAGCAAUUGUUUCAGGAAGGAUUGAAUUACUGUCUGAAGCAAGUUUGAAAUUGAACCGACAGUACCAGGUGGCAAUUGGGGGGGGGGACUGUAAUACUGUACUGUAAUACUUUCUUACCAAAUUGAAACUUACUUAACUAUUUCAAGAACAUGAAAUAUAUAGUGUGUAACAGAACACCUGAAAUUGUACAGUUGGUGCUAUAUUUGGGAGUUUUAAAGGUCUUGGUUUUAGUCAAACAAUAGUUACAAAUGUAUCCAGUGUUGGAGCUGCAAGUUUUUCCACGCUAACCUAGGUAUAUCUUAGUUUUUGCCAGUUGGGAAGAUAGGAAAAGAAAUUAAAAGUAAACUGAACAUGUGAAACUACAGUGGUACCUCGGGUUAAGAACUUAAUUUGUUCUGGAGGUCUGUUCUUAACUUGAAACUGUUCUUAACCUGAAGCACCACUUUAGCUAAUGGGGCCUCCCACUGCCACCGCUCUGCCGCUGCAUGAUUUCUGUUCUCAUUCUGAAGCAAAGUUCUUAACCCGAGGUAAUAUUUCUGGGUUAGUGGAGUCUGUAACCUGAAGCGUAUGUAACACCAAGUACCACUGUAUCCGCUUUAUAAUAAAGAUUUAUUAUCUGGUCUUAGCCAUGGUAUUAUUCUGCAUAAGCAGGAACAAAUAAUAUUUUUAAGAGAAAGGGCUUAGAAAAUACCUAAAAUAAAGACCAGCAAUAAAUUUGGAUAGUUAUAUAUAUAUAUAUAUAUAUAUAUAUAUAUAUAUAUAUAUAUAUAUAUAUAUCAUAAGUCUGCUGUCUUGUGUACAUUUAAUUAGGAGCCGGCUACAUAUACAUGCACAUUCAGAAGCAAGCUUCACAGUAAUUGUAAAGAAAAUUGGCUAUCCUGUACCCAUAUUUCUGUUGUUGUUUUUUGUUCACCCUCCAUUGUUAAACUGAUUGCAUUUCAAGUUUAUUUCUCUAACGAGCACCUGCCUAAUCCAUAGCUUCUUUUGCACUGAGUUUCAUGGCCUUCAGAAAAUGGAAGGUGUGCGAGUAAAAAGAAGCAAAUUCUUGCUGCCCUCUCAUGUUAGUCCGGUGGCCCUUGGUUAUAUUUGUGUAUCUUUAAACUUGAUUUAGGAGGAAUUUGAGUCAAGUGAAGAAUCAGGGGCUGCAUUGUACAUUGUUGUUUGUUAAAGGAGCAAUAUGCUUAGCAGACUCAUAGUCUGAACCUGAUACGUUGAGAAGAUGCUUUGUAUUCUACCACUUGGAAAAUGCACUCCCAGUGUAAAAAUCUGAAGCAUAUUGCUUGUUUAAUACUGCAAGUAACAAUACUACCAUUGAAUCGUAACUCUGAGUUUUUGUAGUAGCAUAACUGGCUGCAACAUUAUUUUCAAACAGCAUUCCACAUUAUUCUGGAAAAGAAAAACAAUGCAUAAUAGAUUUUUCACCUUUCUCCCAAAUCUUCCACUGAAACACUGGAGGGAAAUCCUGGGUGGCAGUGAUGAGCCACUUCUCACAUAUUAAACUUUGCUGCAGGGCUAUCAUGCAACUUGCCAUGGGGAGACUGUCUGGGACACAGGAAUAAUGGAGAAUCAUGUAGGCUUCCUUGUUCUCUUGCAGGCGCUGUUGAUUCCAUCAAGAUGCUGUGCCGAGCUGCUCUUCUGCCUUCCUUGCGUUCUUCAGGACAAUUCUGGCGGCAGACUGACGUGGCGGGCUCUCACCCUUGUAUGUAUCAGAAGGAGGCAACUGUGGGCUGUUAUACAACGAUCUGAAAAAAAUGUUUAAAAUGACAUUUGUUAAAAAACCAGAAGCUUUUUUGAUAGGAAUUUUAGAACAGCUGCCGAAAGAAAAAUGGACAUUAUUUAUUUACACUACAACAGCAGCAUACAGGACGUGAGUGGUGCUGUGGUCUAAACCACAGAGCCUAGGGCUUGCCGAUCAGAAGGUUGGUGGUUUGAAUCCCUGCGACGGGGUGAGCUCCCGUUGCUCGGUCCCUGCUCCUGCCAACCUAGCAGUUCGAAAGCACGUCAAAGUGCAAGUAGAUAAAUAGGUACCGCUCUGGCGGGAAGGUAAACGGCGUUUCUGUGCGCUGCUCUGGUUCGCCAGAAACAGUUUAGUCAUGCUUAGUCAUGCUGGCCACAUGACCCGGAAGCUGUACGCCGGCUCCCUCAGCUAGUGAAGCGAGAUGAGCGCCACAACCCCAGAGUCGUCCAUGACUGGACCUAACAGUCAGGGGUCCCUUUACCUUUACCUUUACAACAGCAGCAAGAAUUCUGAUACCACAGAACUGGAAGUCUGGAGAAAUACCGUAAAUGGAACAACGGCAAGAAAAGUUGAUGAACUAUGCAGAGCUGGCAAAGUUAACAGACAAAUUGUUUUAAAAGGAAAAUAGUGACUUUGAAAAAGAAUGGGAACCUUUUACAUUAUAUUUGCAGAAACAAUAAAAAAAAUAGACUCAUUGGCAUGUUUUAAAUAAACAUUUACAAUUUUAUUUACAAUAAAACAAGAAAUUUAACAGUAUGACAAUAUAAAGUAUAUAUAAACAGCGGAAUGCAACAUGAGACGUAAUAAACCAGGGAUGGAAGUUGAGGGAGGUCAACAGGGAAGGGGGAAACUGAAAUGUGAAUGUUCUGUAAUGAUUAUAGAUAUUGUUAUGAGAAAAGAAAAUCAAUAAAAAUUGAUUAGAAAAAAGAAAAAAGGAGGAGGCAACUGUGGGUAGAGGCCUUUCUGUUAACACUGCAGAAUUGGGAAUUUCUCAGCAAUUAAAAUUCCAGACCGAGGUGUCCUGAUUCUUACUACUGUACUGCUAAAAUGCAAGCAGCACGGCUUUGGCAAUGUAUUGUGUUACUCUGCCCCCUACUGGCUUGUUGAAGCAUUGCUGCAGAAACAUAGUUUCUUCAAGCCCUUAGCUGUCUUGGCUGACGUUCAGCCUAAAGGAAAAGGCUUCCAUAAAACUGCAAGGAGACCAAGAGACAGAGUAUGACCUCAGAAUAUUCUGGUCAGUUGGUCAAGUGAUACUUGGAAUACUUAUUUUGCUCUCCAAAGGUGUUCCUUGGGCUAAUGUUUUUUCUCAUUCAUUUAAAAGCUGGACACUAGGUAGAGGCAGGUGAUAUGUCCAGACUCCCCCACUCUCUCCUGACCUGGGACCUGGAAAAGGGGGGUGGGAUUUUGGUUCAAUGUACUUGCCUCUAAUGCCUUUGCUGUGUGUGUUUCAACUACAGGUCUACUGGCUCCUAACCUGGUGUUGAGGAAUGAGUCUGCUCGGGGCUGGAGUAACAUCCCGUUCAUCACGGUGCCCCUCAGCCGAACCCAUGGCAAGUCCUUUGCUCACCGCAGCGAGCUGAAGCAUGCCAAGAGGAUUGUGGUGAAGCUGGGCAGCGCUGUUGUGACUCGAGGAGACGAAUGUGGCUUAGCCCUGGGGCGACUGGCAUCCAUUGUUGAGCAGGUAAGCAGGCCGGGAGGCACUGUGGGUAUUUGGCUGCUUGUUCUCCUUACCAAACCCUGCCAGGCACCUCAGUGGUUAAAGUUGUCUCCACUUUAUGCUGGAAUGCCCAGGCACUCGUAGGCCAUUAGCUUUUAGUUAAUCCUGGUUAUUGCUAGAAAUGUGCAGCCCACACUGUGUUUCAAAGAUUGCCGUUUCCUGCUGUUUUUAUUGUUUUAAUUUGGGUAUUUGCUUGCGUUGUACUCCACCCUGAGAUCAGCUGAAGAAGACUGGAUUAUUAGAGCAGUGGUAAACACCCCACCACCACUAAGGGGGUCUGUGGCACAUACCCAACAACUGACCAGAACAUCCUGCUUUUGGGCGUCAUGCCCUCACAUGGUCACAUGACUCACGCAGGUCACAUGACUCACACAGGAGUGCAGCCCAGAAGACAUGUUUUGUGCUGGGGCAUGUUGGAGGGUAUGGUGGCACCAUUCACAUAAUAAAAACAACCACCCAGAGUGGCUGGAGAAACCUAGCCAGAUGGGUGGGGUAUAAAUAAUAAAAUUAUUAUUAUUAUUAUUUCCAAAAGUUGGCAUGUCCAAGGCUUGCCUUUUGAAAAACAGGGGAUCUGCAUUACUUAGCUAAUUGGGAACCACUGGAUUAGAGGAAUAUUUGAAUAUACAGAUAACAGUUGAAGGCAGAGCUUAAAUGUUAUGAGCAGUAGAGUGCAGAGGGGGAGAAAUAUGGUUUAAUAUUAAAACACAUGUGAUAAAUAUUAAAAUAUUAACAUUAAAAGGCAAUGUUUUUGAGACUCCCACCAAGACUAAUGGUAUCUCAGGAUCUGCCUGUGUUAUCUUGCAAUGAUGGCAACCCCCAAAGUGGGGAAGUAACAUAAGGGGAAUAAAUAAUCCUCAUUUUAAAGAUGUAUUGUAACAGAAUACUAAUGCCCUCAAAACAUCUCCCACCGAGGUGUUGCUGCAGUCAUGUUGAGGCAGGAGUGCCAUAGUCAUGAAACUGAUAAUAAACCUAGGGUGUUAUAGGGAGAAGGGAUGGUUAAAUUUAUUUUCCCAACAUAUUCCAAAGAGUAGGGAUUGUCUCUGAGUCGGCCUUUUCCCUCCCAGUUACCCUGUGUGCUAGGCAACAUAUAAACCCAAGAAAGCUUACAUUCUUCCUGCUUUGGAGAAAUGUUUUCCUACAGAAUGAUCGCAACAGCGUCUAAAAAUUGGAAGCAAGGUAAGAUGGCUUUAAAUUAGACUAAGGGUUGGUUCUCUCGUGCCUGCAGGUAUCCAUGUUGCAAAACCAGGGCCGGGAGAUGAUGAUCGUCACCAGCGGGGCUGUGGCCUUUGGGAAGCAGCGGCUGCGUCACGAGAUCUUGCUCUCUCAGAGUGUGAGGCAGGCUCUCCACUCAGGGCAGAACCAGCUCAAGGACAUGGUAAGCAAGUCGGAGAGCGACCUGGGUUCUUCGGUGGUGGUGCAGAAACCACUGUUCCUGGCUGACUUGUUCUCUAAUCUUUGCAGGCGAUUCCCGUGCUGGAGGCUCGAGCCUGUGCAGCUGCCGGUCAGAGCGGGCUGAUGGCUCUCUAUGAGGCCAUGUUCACACAGUACAGCAUCUGUGCAGCCCAGGUAGGGAACUUUGUACACACUCUUCCUCAGAGUGUAUCAGCUGCCUUGGGCACCAUGCAAGUUCUCUCUUGACUCCUGGAAGAAGACUCUCUUUCAUGCUAUUUGCCAGGAAGCCUAUUCCAACGCUAGGGCCCCCCAGUUCAGUACAUGCCAACACCUUACCCCUCCAUCCCUUCCUUUGCUUUGCCCAACUUAAUACUCCCCCUUUCCUCCCCCCAAUAAGGCCAUUAUAAUUGCAUUUCAGAUUCACAACAGGCUAGCCGACCUUUUACAUCUGAAGUGGUUUGUACAUCGACCCCUCGCUUUGUUUGCUUUGACUUAACAGAACUUCCAUUUCCUUUGUUGUAAGAAUUUAGCUAGUUCGUUCGUAACUUGCACGCUUGGCGGCCCUCUUCAUGCCGAAACUGAUAGUGGAUAAUUUUUGUCAGAGCAGUUCUUUUCUUCCUUCCAGAUUUUAGUCACCAACUUGGAUUUCCACGACGAGCAGAAGCGCCGGAAUUUAAACGGGACGCUGCACGAACUGUUGCGGAUGAACAUUGUCCCCAUAAUCAACACCAACGAUGCUGUGGUUCCUCCCCCAGAGCCAAACAGUGAUCUUCAGGGGGUAAACGUGGGUAGCGCAUUUCAGUGGGUGGUGGUUGCUCGCUCGUGGACCCGCUAACACGCUGACUCCGGGCUGUAGUGCACGCUAACGUCAUAACGCUCUGGAUUCUCCAAGGUGACUUGCUGCUUGUAGAUGUAGUAGAUCUGGCUAUUUGGUGUAGCUUGCGAGGCUAGCUGUUGACUCGAGGCUGGUAGUACGACUCCUAACCAUCUCCUGUUGCUUUGCUUUUCUAUGAAUUGCUUGGGCAUUGGGUUAGCUCUCGCCUGGCUAGUAUUGCUGACUUUUACAAUGUGUGUUCCAGGUAAUUAGUGUGAAGGACAACGACAGCUUAGCAGCCCGUCUGGCUGUGGAAAUGAAGACCGACCUGCUGAUUGUUCUUUCGGAUGUUGAGGGUACGAGAGUUGUUCUGUUUCUGGCUAAAUGGCCAAUGCAGCUUUGUGAUCCUUUUCAGCGCUGCAGUUCAGGAAGAGGAAAUUUAGGGAAUUGACUGUGAGGCUAAUUGUAGUCAGCCAGAACACUGCAAUAUUCACAGUGCACGCCUUUAAAGGAGAAGGGAUUAGUCAUUGCUUUAUUCAUGCUGGUUAGAAACAGAGAAGCAGAGUAUACAUUAUUUGUCUUGGGACUGCUGACAGUUUCUUAGAGCUUAGAAAUGGAUUCACCUCUUCCCAGAUUACUUUACCUGAGGUAUCAUAUUCUGCCUUUUGCUUCUAAAUUCUGACCCUGGCUAUCCCUUAGUGUGAUAGCUUACAGUCCAACUGGAUGACUCGAUACUAGCAAUGCAGUCCCUAUGGUUCAGAGGAUCCAGUUACCUCAGUCUUUUUUCUUUUCUUGUCUGAAUGGUAGAGGUCAAAGAUUUAUUUUACAAAUGUAUGCGCAUUGUUUUUCAACCAUAAUGAUAUUGAAGGUAUGUUCCGGUAGCUCAUUUCCACCGUUCCAUUUCAGGACUCUUUGAUAGCCCCCCAGGAUCAGAUGACGCAAAGCUCAUCGACAUAUUUUAUCCUGGAGACCAGCAGUCUGUGACAUUUGGAACCAAAUCACGGGUGGGAAUGGGAGGCAUGGAAGCCAAGGUUGGUCAAGCUCCUCACUAUUUUGUUGUGAUUGUGUCCAUUUACCAUCUUAAGACCCCGUUUAGCCUUUAUAACAAACAUGUUAAUUUUCUAGAUUUAUUUUAUAAAAACACUUUUCUGUUGCAUCCUAUGCCAUGCCUGUGAGAUAAACUACGAGCUGCUUGUGGCAGUAAUGAGAAACCUGUGGCCCUCCAGACUACAACUCCCAUCAUCCCUGACCAUUAGUGAUGUUGUUGGGGGUUAGAGUCCAACAACACAUCUGGAAGAUCACAGAUUCCCCAUUCCUGGCUAAUGAGGAAAGUUACCUCUGUUUUUUAUGUCUUGAAAAAGUGUUGAUCCUUAAAAGAGUUUUUACACUCCUACCAGAAGUUACAGCAAACAACAAUGCUCUUUUGUUUGAAAACACGCGUUUAAAAAUAUUCUUCAUUUGCAGGUGAAAGCUGCCCUGUGGGCUCUCCAGGGAGGUACCUCGGUAGUGAUUGCCAAUGGAACUCAUCCCAAGAUCUCUGGCCAUGUCAUCACAGAUAUUGUGGAAGGGAAGAAAGUGGGCACGUUUUUUUCAGAGGUGAAGCCUGCAGGUAGGUUAGCAUGGUCAGGUCCAGAAUUUGUGGGGAACAAAGAAUGACAGUCAUGGUGCAGAAUUUUUGGGAGGCUGGAGGCAGUUGGUUACUUCAGCUGUAGAAUAAAAGCCACAAAAGAACUGUGAGGGUAUAACUAUUUAUGCUUUUGUUGUAUGAGGCAGAAGGGUGUUUAAGGCCACUUUAGGGGUUGUCCUGCUAAACAUUUAGGAGGUAAAUGUUGCUUCUGCAAUGUGCACCCUUUUCUCUGGACUUGUGGUGUGGCGUGUUCAGCCAUGUUUUGAUUCAAGAGUGGGAGAAGUGAAGAUAAACUCUUCUAAAUAUUCUCCAUUGAGUAUGUGGUGGCCAGAAUUAGCGUGAUGAGAGUUAGUAUGUAACCACCCUCUGCUUUUUUAUUUUUUAAAGGCCCAACCGUGGAACAGCAGGCUGAAAUGGCUCGAACAGGAGGCAGGAGUUUGGCAGCACUUCAGCCUGAACAGGUAACCAGCCCAGUCAGUCACAUAAUGUAUAUUACAGCCUUGAGAGCACAUACAGGGCAUUUGCAGUAAAUGCAAAAAAAGGUAGUAGCCCCCAACUGAGAUGACAGCUUGCAUAAAUGUUGAAGGUUAAAGUUUCCCCAUAUAAUAGGUGGAAACGACACUUUGGAAAUCUGCACUAAUAGUUUUCAAAAUCAAGCUUUAUUUACUACUAUUAAGACUGAUCAAGCACAUUGAGUUUCACUUCUGCAAGCAUGCAAUUUAACACAAUCAUGAAACAUCUGUGUCAAAGAGUACAUAUACUAUAUAAUACAGAACAGGCCUGCUAUUUUUUAAGACCUGCUGAGCUAAAUUCAUCCCUCUGGCCAUCAGUAGCUCAAUAAAGUUACUGCUUUUUUGCCUGCCUUGGACUGGAAAACUGUGAUUGUCAAGCUCCUAGUGGGCCAUGAUAAUGUGGCUCUUGGAAUCUUGUUUGGCUUAGAAUCAUAGAAUUGGAAGAGACCACAAGAGUAGUACAGGCUGAGAGUUGUGCAUGCCUUACUCAUGAAGCAUGUUCAGUGAGAUCUUCAUAGCCUAAAUUAAUCUUCCCCCGAGUUGCAGAUAUUUUGGACUCCCAACUCCACCAGUCCCAGCUAGCAUGGCCCAAUGGUCAGGGAGUUAUAGUCCAAAACAUCUGAGUCAUAGCUCAAGCAGCAGGAUCUAGGCUUUGAAAUCUGAAGAUCAGUCCACUUGGAGCAUGUGGCACCUUCUGCCAUGGUUAGGAUGAGGGGAGAAGGGAGGGGAGGUUGAUUUUUGUAGAGCAGGUGCUCCAGGGGGAAUAAAUUGAGUUGCAAACUGAACUGGCAAGGAUACCUAUCCAGCAGCUUGACUGAAGAAUAGAUGAGCAGUCUUGGAGAUAAACCAAAGGGCCUGGCAACUCAGUGAGAGAUUGGGCUGUGGGUUUGAAGGAGCUAACAACAUCUCCUAUGUCAAUAUGGUGACCAGAUGCCUGAUGGUGGUUCCCUGUCUAUUUUACCACAGAGAGCAGAGAUCAUCUAUCAUCUUGCUGACCUUCUGACAGACCAGCGAGAAGAGAUUCUUCAGGCCAACAAAAAAGAUUUGGAAGAAGCUGAGCAUAAAGGUAAGGCAGGUGGAGUCCGUGUUGGGUAUGUGGUGAGAACAAUUUCUCAUCAGGCCAAGCGGGUGAUGCUGGAGAUGUCUGAGGCUGCCAUUUAUUACUUCAACAGACUACAAAGAUAAGAUGAAGAAAUCUUAGAAAGCCUUUGGCCAAAUGUUCCUUUAACAUUGAGACUUUGUUUUUGUUUCACCUGAGCACCUUUGUUGUUCAUGCUACCCAAGGGGUUACUUCAGCUUCAAAACAGAAAGGAAAUCUUUCUAGCCAAAAUCUUUAGACAGCCUAGUUUCACAGUUGUCUAAAGGAACCAGGUGAAGGUCUUGCAACAAGGUCACAAAGGCUUUUCCUAUUCCAUAAAAGCCUAUGACUUCUCCAUGGAUGCAAACCCAGGGAUCUUUUUUUCUACAUAAAGCCAUUCAUGUGUUUCAUUAGACCAGCCGAAACACAGAUUGCAGGAAAGGAUAAUGUGAUAAGUUCUUUGAUUGUACUGAACAUUGUCACCUUUGUAUUGAUUUUUUUCAAAUUAAGUUUUUACUUCCAUCAGCUGACUCAGUGUUCAGAUUGAAGUCUUCAUUUCUGUUGCUUCAUUCUAAUCAUUCAUUAAAUGAAGUCUGACUUGCUGGCUUCUGCUUCCAUUUCAGGAAGACUGGCCCUUCCUUUGUUGAAGAGACUCAGCCUGUCAACCUCCAAGCUGAAUAGUUUGGCCAUUGGGCUGCGACAGAUUGCAGCGUCAUCACAAGAUAGUGUUGGCCGUGUCCUUCGAAGAACACGAGUAGCGAAGGAUUUGGAGCUGGAGCAAGUGACUGUGCCUAUUGGGGUCUUAUUAGUGAUUUUUGAAUCCCGGCCCGAUUGUCUCCCCCAGGUGUGUGAAGAAGUCACCUGAGAAAGAAAGCAAAUAUAACUUGCUAUGAGCUGGGAAGGUCUCUGAUUGUGGAUUUCCCCACCUUGCUUCCCCGGGGAGGGAAAUAAUUAGUACUGAAAGUGUUGCCAAUUGAGGUUUGUGUGUUGUGGUUAGGACGUGAAUGUGUUGCAGCAAGCUUGAUGGUUUGUCCUUUAUUUUAUAUAGUGUCCUCCAUUGGGUCCUUUUAAAAAGUUGUGCAGCCCAAGUAGUCUCUGGAGCUAUGCAUCUUUCCUUGAAUUUUAAUCAGGAGUUCAGAAGGGACAUAGUUAUAGCAACUCCCCUGCUUCCUAGCCAGAUAUAUUGCAUACCCACCAUUAAUUACAACCUUCCAAAAACAAAGCUUUAGCAGAAAAACACGCAGCAUUGCAACCUUGGAAGCAUUACUAUUGAAAUACAGCAAAGUGACAGAUCUGAGCUUGAUGGGACCAUAACCCAUUCAGUGUUUUAUAUUGUCAAAAAGUGAGGGAAUGGUGGUGAGGAGAGGAAGAAAGGGACAAGGGGAAUGAAGAUUCAAAAUAAGAGUUAUAAGUAAGAGUAGCCACUGCAUUGUCCUCUAGGUGUUGUUGGACUGCAACUCCCAUCAUCCCUGAGCAUUGGCUAUGCUGACUGGGCCUGAUGGUUAUUGUAGUUGAGCAGGAUAGGGCACAACAUUGGCUGCCUGUGAAAUAUGGCACUGUACAUCUAUUAUUGUUAAAUCAGAAAUGGUUCACAGCACUCUCACAAUAAAUGGUUAUAAAUGUGUUCUUUAAUGCUUGUCUUCCUCGCACUCCCUUCUUUCUGGCAGGUAUCUGCUUUGGCCAUUGCCAGUGGAAAUGGCUUACUGCUGAAAGGAGGGAAAGAGGCAUCGCACAGCAACCAGAUCCUUCACCAUCUGACUCAAGAAGCUCUUUCCAUCCACGGGGUGAAGGACGCGGUGCAGCUGGUAAGUGCCUAUGAGCAGAAAGUGGGGAACAGGCAGCACCGUGGUGACAAAACACAGGCUGGGAGGGCAGCGUCCAAGGGGGGUCAGAAUCUGAUAUAUUACUGAAUGAAGAAAAAAAAUAAAGUUCCACAUAUUCUGAGUUAAAAAGAAAUAAUGGGUAAUGGUGCCUGAAAGAGAACCCUGGCAGAAAGAAUUUCAUUUAAGUAUUGUUUCCCCUUUUAUGAAAAGAGGAAGAUGCAUUUUUAAUUGAAAUGUGUUAGGCUGCUUAAAUCUUGCUUCAAGUUGGUUGGUGAUUCUUUGUGUUGAGUACCUAAAUUUUUUGAGUUCAUACAUGGCAGGCAGUUCUUUGGGACUGGGCAGGGAUCCUGGAAAUGUCUGUAAUCUGGAAUUGUGAUCCAUUCAGAGCUAUUUCCAGGCGAUCACCUGCCCCAUUAACGUUACUGUGCUGCUUUGGGACUUGUUGCCUUCUGUCCAGGUGCUUUGACAAGCUACUUAUUUUCUGUUGUGUACACACACACACACACACACACACAAUUGUGCCCAAAUAGCUGGGCAGUUUCCCUACUGUUGGGUAUGUAUUCUCUGUUUUGUCCCAUACUGUGUUUAUUCUUCCAUGGGCAACCUCUGUAACUCCUGGCGUGGUCUUUACAGGUGAAUACCAGGGAGGAGGUGGAAGACCUUUGCCGUUUAGACAAGCUGAUAGAUUUGAUCAUCCCCCGUGGCUCAUCUCAGUUGGUUCGGGAUAUCCAGAAAUCUGCUAGAGGAAUCCCAGUGAUGGGCCACAGUGAAGGAAUUUGUCACGUGUAUGUGGACUUGGAGGCCAGUGUGGAGAAGGUCACCAGGAUAGGUGAGAUGAGAGGACAGAGAUUUUUCUUCUUCUUAAAAGGGUUUGGGCUAAGUAAUCGGUAUGAGAGGGCAGGGAUGGUCAACAUGCUCCUCCUUAACCUAUUUAUUUCAGAUGCUCUACAGCAGGGGGAGGGACGGAAGUCAGAUUGGGAUCUACUGGUAGAUCGGUAGAUCAAAGGAUAAUUUUCAGUAGGGUAAUGGCAGUUUCUGACUCCUAAUUCUUUUAGCAUAAGUAGCAAGAAAAGAGUUUUGCUUCCUAAACUAGGCUGUUAGAAUCCCUGAUCUUUAGUAACUUGGAUGUAUAUUUGUACCUCUGUCCACAGGCAAACCCAGUGUCUUGUUCAUGGGGUGCAAUAGGUGACUAGCUCCCCUUCCUAAGCAAUUGGCUACGGUUGGUGGAUUCUAGUAAAAAACAAAACAAAACCCCAGUAUAGAUCCUGCAUGCCCAAUAUCUGUGCAGCACCUUUGUAAUCAACAAUUUGUCCUUCAUCCAGUGAGAGACUCGAAGUGUGAAUAUCCUGCAGCCUGCAAUGCGCUCGAGACUCUCUUAAUACACCGGGACUUGCUGAGAACUCCCGUCUUUGACCAGAUCAUUGACAUGUUGCGAGUGGAACAGGUAAGUAAAGACGGCUGGAACAGGCUGGACGUGAGAGAGUGGCUGCCACGAGUUUCUUCUCAGUGAGAUGCCAGCUAAGAAUGGAUGCUGCAGAUGCAAACCUUGAGGAGUGUCCGCCUGCUCCAGUUGCAGCAUGAUAUAGAUUUAUGCAAUAGCCUUGUCUUUAUAGUAGUGUGUGGCUUGUCCUGAGCAUACAUUGCACUUUGAGCCACGUUUCUAAUUAUGCAUCUUGGUGCCAAGGUCCUGGAAGGCAUCUGCGCUGCACCUCUGCCUAGGCUGAAGAGCCAUAGAAGACAAGCAUAUAUGGAAAGCAGGUUCCUGUUGAAGUUAUCUUAGUCCAAGCUUCUUGGAGACUGGAAUCUUCUGCUUGCUGAUCUUCUGUAGUAGGGAUGGGCAGAACUUAAAAGAUAGAGAGAGGUCAGUUGCUGCGUUGGGCAUUCUUGAAGAAGGACUUCGGAUUGGCUUGUGAAUGUGCUUUAUCCACUAACUUGAAGCCUGAGAGCUUUGAACAACGGGAUUGAAUGAGAUUCAGCCACCAAGCCCGUAAAACAGGAUGGGAACUGUGGCAGUAGGCUACUGUAAGGAAAGUGCUAGAGAGUGGAAGAUAAUUUCCUUCAAAAGUACAAAGGAAGGGACAUAGGAAACUCCCUUAUGCUGAUUGUCUAGCUCUGUAUUGACUAUACUCUGAAUAUCAACAGCUCACUGGAGUUUCAGACAAGAGGCCUUUUUCCUGGAGAUAUCAGGGAUUGGGCUGGGGAUCUUUCGUGUGGGCAACAGUGUGUGUGCUUAUCACUGAGCAAUGGCCCGUCUGCGCAUUGUUUGGCUUCCCUCUUUGCAUAGAAGCUUGGAGGAGGAAUGUGAGUGAAAACGUUUUGUUCUUCCAUCAGGUGAAGGUUCACGCUGGCCCCAAGUUUGCCUCCUACCUGACAUUCAGCCCCUCGGAGGUGAAAUCACUCCGCACGGAAUAUGGGGACCUGGAGUGCUGCAUUGAAGUGGUGGACAGCGCACAGGAUGCGAUUGAACACAUCCACAAAUAUGGGAGCUCCCACACAGAUGUAAUCAUCACAGAGAACGGUUGGUGGCCAGUCUAACGUCUUGUGUGCAGCAUUUACAUUCCUUUCUUUCUGCAUUUCUGCAUUUGGGGGCUCCAGGAUUGCCUCAGUUGGAACUCUGAGGGGCUUUUUUCCGAAGUUACCUUUCUAGGGCCUGGCACCCUCCACAAUGUGUGUCUCUUCCUUUGCUGCUCUAGGAACAAACAUCUGGUGAUCUGGACCACAUUGGAGGAGUCCAAGCCACAUCUUCUUCCCCUGCCUGUAUUGCCCUUCCCAGGUACAUGAGCACUGCUGCAGGUGUGGGGAGGAGCUGUGGCCUGGGUUUCUGUUGUGUGGCUGGAGUUACCAGAACAGUGCAAGAGGAGCACACACUAAGAACAUAAGGAGUCACACUGUAUCAGUCCAAAGGCCCAUCUAGUCCAGCAUCCUGUUCUCACAGUAGCCAACCAUAUGCCUGUAGAAAGCCUGCAAGCAGGACAUCAGUGUAAUAGCACUCUGUCCACUUGUGAUACCCACCAUCUGGUAUUCAAAGGCAUACUGCCUCCAACAGUGGAUAUUUUGGGACUGCGGGGCGGGCUGAGUCACAAAUCCCACUGGCUAUGUCCAAAUUGCUGUUCGGGUUCCAUCAACAUUCAAGAAACUGCAACAACUUCCAUGUUCUAAAAGCAGUGCUUUUUUCUGGGGGGACGCAUGCCCCUAAACAUUUUGUGAAUCUUUGUACUUUUGUCCAUAUACUGUAUUUAUUUUUCCCGAUUUGAACUAUAAAAGGGUGGUUUUCUUGAGUCAAAAUGAGCGUACCCCUAAACGUAUUUUAAGAAAAAAGCACUCUCUAAAAGUAAUAUUGCAAAUUUUGCUGGUGCCUUGUUCCCUCAUUUCUAAAACUGCUUGUUCUUGUUGAGUGUUCAGCUCCCUACUGUUAACAUUUAUUUUUCUAUGGAGAAGAACAAUAAAAAUGAAUGGCAAGCUCAUUUUCUGAGUGCCCGUCUUAAGUAGUCAAAACAGCAGCAACCAGGAAGAAGGGAGUAGAAGCUCCAAUGAGGACUGAACAUGAGAAAAGCAGUGGGGAAAUGGGGUGGAAUAUCCUGCAAUAAGCCAUGACUGGCUGGCUGGAACCUUGAGCAGGAGCAUUCCACAUAGCAACUUGGUUUGUUGCAAGUCCCCCUUGCAAAGAGACAUAAUAUAAAAUUUAUUCAUACUCAAGCUUCUAUUCUGCCCACCUUUACAACACAGACUGGCUAACAACAAAGCAUCAACAAGCAUUUUAAAUAUAAUAAAAUGCAGCAGUGAUAUAAAAAAUAAUAAUUCUAAAACAUGUGACCAUUCUGUUUCAGCCCACAUUUGGCACAGUUCUAUUGUAAAGCAGCUGUGUUAAAAAAAAUCCUUUUGUCACCCCCAGAGAAAACAGCAGAGUUCUUCCUCCAGCACCUGGACAGUGCCUGUGUGUUCUGGAACGCCAGCACCCGCUUCUCGGAUGGCUAUCGCUUUGGGCUAGGUAAGGGAGCACGAUGGGUGGCCUGUGCCGCUGGUGGCCAAGUUACACAUUUUGCGUGAGGUUGAGAGUGUUCAAGGAGGACACAUGGUCACCUUUAAAGUUAAGAAUAUUUAAGGAGAUUUACUUGGAACUUCUUUUUAAAGCUUUGGAGUAUUUUAGAAUUAGAGAGAUCCAGGCCAUCCCAAAGGAAGAGUUGGAGGUAGAGGCUACCAUAAACAAGAGCAUUUAUGACAACGUAGAGAAUGGCCUUCUCCAACCUUGGAUCUCCAGAUGUUGUUGGACUACAGUCUCCAUCAUUCCCAGCCAGCAUGGCCCUUGGUCAGGCAUGAUGGGAGUUGUAGUCCAACAACAACUGGGAACCCAGAAUUCAGGAAGACUGGCCUAAUUCAAAGGAUGUUUCUGAGUGCAAUUCAGAGUGUUGAUGCUGACUUUUAAAGCCCUAAAUGACCUCAGCCCAGUUUACCUUAAGCCCAGACACUGAGGUCCAGCUCCAAGGGCCUUCUGGCAGUUCCCUCACUGCAAGAAGUGAACUUACAGGGAACCAGGUAAAGGGCCUUCUCAGUGGUGGCACCUGCCCUGUGGAACGCCCUGCCAACAGAUGCCAAGGAGAUAAAUAAUGAUCUGACUUUUAGAACACAUCUGAAGGCAGCCCUGUAUCAGAAAAUUUAUAAUGCUUGAUGUUUAGAUAUUAUGUUGGAAACUACCUAAAGUGGCUGGCGCAACCCAGUCAGAUGGACAUGUUAUAAUUUUAUUAUUAUUAUUAUUAUUAUUAUUAUUAUUAUUAUUAUUAUUAUUAGAGAUGUACUGUAGGAGAGAUUCAGCUGAGGCAGUCAGUGACGAAAGAGUGACCGCCGCUUGGAGUAAUCUAUGGCAACACAUAUAUUUGCAUAUGGGUAAAGCGCAGGUCUGUGAGCAAACUCUGCAUUAAGUCCCGUACAAUGUGGCAAUUCCACAAGAAAAAACCCUUAAGAUAAAUUACUCGGUGGGCACUGAGGAAUUAGCUGCUUUCCUUCAAGCAUUCAUUGUGGUGCCGCACCAGAAGAUGAAACCGCAAAUCCUUAGUUGUCUAAACCUCAUGAAGGUGAAGGAGCAAAUUGGCAGGUCCACAGCUCAAAUGCAGUGCAAAAAGGGAUGAGAGAAAGUUGGGGGGGAUCUUGAAAUAUGGGUGAACGAGGUCUGGUCAACUUGACUUGUGCCAUUAGACUGGAGAAUUUCCUUCCUGCCCUCUUCAACCCAGUUGUUCUAUUCUCUGCACACAGGGGCUGAGGUUGGCAUCAGUACAUCGCGCAUCCAUGCCCGUGGGCCAGUUGGAAUUGAGGGGCUGUUGACCACAAAGUGGCUGCUAAGAGGGGAGAAUCACAUCGUUUCCGAUUUCUCUGAGCAAGGAAGUAUGAAGUACCUUCAUGAAAAUCUCCCCAUCCCACAAAGGAACAGCAACUGAGCACCCAGGUGGGGCAAGUGCAUCUUUAUGGAGACUGUUACGGUUUCAAAAACAGAGUCUUGGAAAGGGGACGAACCUCCACCUUCUGGAAUGCGGAGUGUUUUUGCACGCUGAGCUUCUGGAUAUUCCCAAGCGGUGACUUGCGGACCUUGUUUUGUGCCCGAGUUGUUUCUCCUCACACUGCAAUGCGUAGAUGUUGGGUGUCAGCGUUGAAAGCACCUCCUUUGCGCUUGCAGCACAGAAAAGAGGACUCUGGUACUCCAUUCCAAAUGAUGGGGAUCUUUAGGGUUGAUAUUGGACCUAUUUAUUGAUCUGGAUUCUUCUUUUCAGCCAUUCACAAGAGAGAGAGAGAUUCCACACACCCCAUCCUUUUCUUGCUUCGAGAAUGCAAGAAAUGCUUGAUCAUUCUGCCUUCCUUUGGAGAUUUGAAAUCUGAAAGAGGUUGCUAUGACAGUUCUUUAGAGUUCAUGUCUUAUUUAAAAUGUUAAAUCAUCUUUAAUAAAUAUUCCAGGCGCAUAAUGAAUUUUUAAAAAAAUCCAAGCAAUGCUUUCCAUGCCAAUUUCCUUUAAUAGUUGACUGAUGGAGUGGGGAGAAUCACAGUGGUAGAACUAUAACUGUUUUUCACAACCCUUUUAUGAAUAUUUGUACCAAAUAUUUUUGUUCAUUUUAUAUAAGCUUUUAUUUCCCCUGAGAAAUUGAACGUAUUUUUCAAACUUUAUGGUUUUUCAAAUAAAACUCCCUUGCAAUAUGA